AUUCAGAGCACAAACUUAGAGUCGCUAGCCAAAGUGGGAUUGAAAGAACUCUCAGCAGGCGGGUCUGCGUUAGGGUGGCUUUUUAAAAAUCCUGCUUCUUCCGAUCCAUGAGAGGAAAGCAAGGUGUCUCCUCUUUGCAUUCAAGGUAAUGAUUUUCUGGGCUGUGUGUGUGAGAGAGAGUGUUGCUGUCUAUGUGUGUGUGAAUGUGGCCACAAAACUGCUGUUGCUAUUAUGAGAAGCAUUUAGUGGCAAAGGCUUUGAACUGUUCACAGCUGGUCUUGUGGCUAUUUCUGUACAUGCAACCUGAGUGAAAUUAUCCCAGUGCUCUGAGCAGAUAGUAGCAAACCAGCACUCCUGUGUCACAUGGAGAAGAGGGCAAUGUGUUUAGAAAACUGUUUGUGGGUCUUGGGACCUCAAUGGCACAACUGGAUGUUGCUGCUGUGGAGUUGAUCUGAUGUAGUAACGCUCCACUCCCGGGCUGGUUUUGUUUGGUUGAAUAUUCAGCACAGUCUCUCUCCAGGUCUCUCGGUGUAAUCCCUAUGCCAAAGGCUAAAGCUGUGCCUGACUUGGAUCGCACUAGCUGUGUUUACAGUGUAUGUCUUAAUGCUGUUAUAGUAACCACAAGACUGCCCUGUGUUCCAGAGUAUUUCUUUAAUGCAGCCUUGCCAGAUAAUUAAGCACCUCUCUGUCUGCUGGGUUCCUUUCAAAGGCACAGUGAGGGUUUGCUUCUGGUGAAAACCUCUUUUAUGCCGAAAUGCAAAUAACAAAGCAGCUCUGCAAAAUGCUGGAUUAAGAGAACUCUCCACAUAGUACUCUGUUAUGCAAACAGUACCUGCUCCUUCCUCCUCUCCGUGCUGUGAAGAUAAUCAGAGGGGAAUCUCAAACCACAUUCUGGUUCAAGAUUGGCAAUCAGUGAUCACCAUUAAAAACAACAACAACCAAAACUGAAAGAAAGGGAAUUGCUUUGUGGGCUCCCUCAUAGGUGCCAUAUGCUUAGACACCUGCAUGGGGGCUAAUAAUAAUAAUAAUAAUUUAUUAUUUAUACCCCACCCAUCUGGCUGGGUUUCCCCAGCCACUCUGGACGGCUUCCAACAGAACAUUAAAAUACAAUAGUCUCAUUUAUACAAAUGCACUGUCUCGUUUAUACAAAUGAGACUGGCCCAAUGCCAUGACUGUUUGGAGAUUUAAACCCUAGUCUCCCAGGUCCUGGUCCAGUACUCUAACCACUACACCACAUUGAGUCUUAGUAUGUGUGGAGAUGCAGUGCAGGCAAUGCACAUAUGUGAUGCACAUCAUUUUCCUGCAUGCUGAAAAAGAUCGUGUGUUUGCACAUGUUGGCCCUCAGGAUUAUAGCCAGGCCCUUCCUGGGCCAAACGCCUCCAUGGAUUGCUGCAGACACUCAUUGAGUGCUUCUGCCUGGCUGGAAUGUGUCCUUGAACUGUGAUGCCUCUGGCUUGGAGAUACGUGUAUGUAUAUGUGUGUGUAAACCUCUAAAGCUUGCACUGCUAGAAUAUAGCCUACUGUACAAUGCACAUUCAUUGCUCCGCCCACUUUUGCCUCUUGCCCUCCCCACCAUUGGCAUGUGGCUCCUGGCUGGUUGACCACAAGGUAAUGUGGCCCAUCAGAUUAAAAAAGGUUCCCUACCUCUGUGGUACAAACAUAUAUCUCCCUCCCUUUAAAAUACACACUUGUAUGUAUUUAGAAAUGUUAGGUGCCUGUCUUCAGUGUCACUGUUUUUAUGAGACUCGUGGUUGAUGAAGGAUGCAAGGCUCCCAUUUGCCUGAGAAUGGGUAGCAUGGCUGUGAAGCAAGCCAGUAGUUCUGGCAGAGGUAUGCACAUCCCCAGUGGUGGUUGGUGCUCAUUGAGGCUAGUGGGGCAGAAGGCAGAGAGCCAACAGCAGUAGCUGGAGCCAGAGCCAGUGGCAGAGGCAACUAAUUCUAGCUUGGUCCCCACGUAAAGAGUCUAAAAAGGAGGAAGAAGCUGACAGCCAGGGCCACCCCCUGGACUAGAUUUAAGUAAGACGGCAGGCAGGUGUGGGCUGGCUGACAGCCACAGGUGGAUUUAGGGGAGUGCAACUGGUUCAAUCACACUCAGUGCAGAGCAUUAUAGUGGGCUAGGAGAGCUGAAAAUAAUGCCAAUAUAUUUAACGUCUGGCAACCAAUGGUUUCAGAUAGUAUAUGGGUCUAAAAAGCCCAGGACACAAAAUCGGCUAUGUUGGCUCUGUAGCAGAAGUAAUGUAUUUAGCAUUAACUCUGGAAAACAUAUACUUGAUUCUGACCAAUCGUAGAACAUAGGAGGCUUAGUUUGGUCAGAAUUGAGCACACACUUCCAUCAAUGAGUAUACCCUUCCUUACAAUGAUGGAAGCUGCCAUCAUUGCAGUGUUUCACAGGUGCCGCCACACUACCCAUAUAAAGGAGGCUGCAGUGGCCAAGUGGCAGGGCAGCACCUUCCGUUUUGCCCCAGGUGGCAAAAUGGGACGUGCCACCCCUGCUUCAUGAUGAUGGUACUUCUUUUUGUUGCAUUGAGAGAGAUGCUGCCCUAGGGUUUCCCACUUUUGUGGCAUGUAAGUCAGGUUGCUCUGAAUACAGACGGCCACUUCGUAAUCACACUCUAUUUUUGGUAAGAGCUGCAUGAAAGAUGCAAAGCUGAUGUGUUCAGAACAAAGAAAUGUGGUUGCGUUUCAAUAUAGAAAGUCCAGCUGAUGUCAUUUUAACUCCACACAAUAGUGCCAAGAAUUUUCUAAGUUCCAUAUCAAGACUUAGUUUAAAACACACACACACUGAAAGCGUUUGCUCAUGUGGAAAAAUGAACUUUUGUGGAAAAUAUUUAUGGGAAUCUGCCAGAGAAGUAUGUUAGCCCUUUUAAAAUGGACUUGAAUUACAUAUAUAGAAAAACAAGGCACUUAUGUGAUCUUGCUUUCCAGAUUGUUUGCAAAACCUUGGUUUUUCAAAUAUCUUACAGCCUUAAUUUGCAUUUCUUUUUUAAAAAAAAUGAAAGUGGCACAUGUUGUGUGCAUUCAUUCUUCUGGAACUGUGGAGUCAUUCUUCAUAACUGGGUCCUCCUUUAGAAAAUGGAGCUUCCUGGGUUUAGACCAGAGGAAGGAUAGUGUCACCACUGGAAUAGGAUGGGGAUGAGCUUGGGUGGCUCUGGGCUUAGCUCAAAGUGUUAGCUGAGAGUAUCAGGGAAUGGGAGCACUCCACUCACAGAGCCAUAGCUCUUUUUUAAAAAACCACCACCACCACCAAGAAGCAGCUUAUCAUCGUCACUCUGGAAAAGCAAGUGGCAGAUUUGUUAGCCCUUGCAAAUUUUAAUUCUGUAACAUAACAGCCUGCUGGAUCAGGCCAAUGGCCCAUCUAGCAUCCUGUUCUCACAGGGGCAAACCAGAUACCUGUGUGUAACCUGCAAGCAGAAUUUGAGCACAAGAGCACUCUCCCUUCCUGUAGCUUCCAGCAACUGGUACAGUCAUACCUCGGGAUAAAUACGCUUCAGGUUGAGCGCUUUCGGGUUGUGCUCUGCGGCGACCCAGAAGUAACGGAGCGCAUUACUUCCGGGUUUCACCGCUCGCUCAUUCACAGAUGGUCAAAAUGACGUCACACGCAUGCACAGAAACGGCAAAACGCGCUGUCGCAUCUUACGUUCUGUUCAGGAUGCGAACGGGGCUCCGGAAUGGAUCCUGUUCGCAUUCCAAGGUACCACUGUAUGUAGAAGUAUUUCUGCCUCCCAUGGUGGAUUAAAAUGUUUUCUGCUCUGCAGGGCUGAUGUGUGCUGCAAACAAACUGAAAGAACUCUCUCAGGUCCUCUGAGAUGAUGAUGAAAGGGCUAGAAGCAGGUCAGGUCUCUUGUCCAGAAUACACACAGAUAACCAGAGUGAGUCCUAUGCAGAAAUAGAAUCAGCAUGGCUGGGUAUUUGCCAAGUGCCUUUACCCCAGCCAGGCAGCCACUGACAUGAAUCUCCUGCACCUGCUCUUUCACAUCACCACUGCAACCUCCUUGUUCAUGCAUCUCUUGCUCUGCCCCAAACUAUGGAGUAUUAGCCAAAAAAGGACCAGGAGAUGCUGACAGCUCCUUCUUUGGCUCCCUAUGUAGCAGGCAAAUGGGUGCUACAAGGAUGCGGAAAAGGAGCAGGACAGCAGGUAAUGGUGGUGGUGAAGAGAAAGGCUUAUGCUGGGAGGGGGAACCUUGGGGUCUACGAUUCCAUGAUUCUAUGAUUCUAGUAUUAAAAUGCCAUUUUCUGAUGCAGCUUUUUAAUGUAUUUUCCUCUCAAGGCUUUCCUCCAUCGAGGAAAGAGUUAAUUGAAAUUGGCAGUUAGAUCCAAGCCAACUGGAAUCAGUGGGACACCCAUCAGGUUCAAUAUAAAUACCUUGACAGUCAGGGAGUUACAGGCUGGGCAGUUAGACACAUUUUCCCUCCGUUUAAUUUCUGAUGGAGAAAGGGUUCUUCACCGGAAUCGACAAUACAGGCACAUUAGCCUCAUAGGGAUGCUUAUAGCCACUGGCCUAGUCAUCCCUCAUGUUCAGCCAAGCAUCUUGUGAUUAUGUCAGUGCCGAUUAUUCCAGCUUUUCGUCUCUGCACUUGCAGCGUCUACUGGAAGAUCUGUGAGCUCAGAAUAAUCUAGCUAAACAAAGGGGAUGUCCUGCGCAAAGAGCUUCAGGCUUUAUACAGCUGUGGUUGUGCAUUCUCCACUGGACAUGUGCAAAAGAAGCUGGUGAGAAUACUCAGGAUUCAUUUGCACUUGUGAUUCACUUAUACUCAGGGAUCAUUCAAUACUAGGGUGUGACGAGGCACCAGAAGUCUUAAACAGGGACCCCAGUAUGCCCGGCACUGGUUUUCUACUCUCUAUACUGCCAGGCUGCUGGCUGGGAAAGGAAAUUGCAGCUGGUUAGAGAUAGGACAGCAGUUGAGAUGUUUUCAUCGAAAGCAAUAUCUUCAUAAUCACCAGUAGUAAUAAUAAUAAUAAUAAUAAUACGGAUCAGAAUCCUCCUGGCUAUCAAGUGGUGCUUGAGAGGGACUCUCCCAGGACCAGAGGUUCCCCACCCUUGCACCCUUGUUUCCACAUUACCUGCCUGCUUCCUCACCUGCUCUAGGUUUUUUUAUGAGUACUUGGACCUCAGUUCCUGACAGAGAAUAUUUUGUCAGAGAUUUGAGAUGCCUAAUUCUUAAUGACUUUCACCAGGCCAAAGCCUCUAGAUUAUGAUGCUGAGCAAGUCCCACCAAAAUGAGAUUCUGUGCUUUGGUAGCUUGUUUUUCAUUUCAUUUCGUUUUUUAAAAAAAGCUGUUGAAAUUGUCAAGCUGUAUAUUCUCGAAUCCUUUGAAAUUUACGCUUGUAAUAAUGAAUUACUCACUAAAAGAGUGAUUGCGUCCUGCAAAAAUGAAAACUUGGUUAAUAAGUGUGUGUGUGUGUGUGAGAGAGAGAGAGAGAGAGAGAGAGAGAGAGAGAGAGAGAGAGAGAUGGAUGCAGGAUUCACCUCCCCCACACGGAGCAAAGAAUUAGUCAGGAUAACAUCUACCCACAAAACUGCUGUUACUUUAGCUGCAUAACUUAACACAGAACUAACUUUGGAAAGUUACUUAAAUGAAUAUUUGGAACCCAUGAAAAUAAAGCAUGUUGCUAUGCAGAGUGAUAACAAGUUGAAGAGGAUUGUGGGGUUUUUUUAAAAUGGCUUUUUGAAAGUGCACCAGUUAUUUGGUCAGAUGCCAAAGACACAAUUUGUUAAAAGUUCCUUAGAGGGACAAAGCUUUUUUCAUAGUUAAAAAUGCUUUCAAAACAAGGGCUAAUCUGUGUGUGUGUGUGUGUGUGUGUGUGUGUGUGUGUGUGUGUUACCAAAACAGCACCCACAGAUGCAAAUACACCUGCAUACGACCUCCAUAGUGCCCAAAGGGCCCUCCCUCUGUUGAUAAUAAGCUCUAGAGAAGCACUCUGUUGCAGCCAACAGAAGAUGUUGAGGAAGUAUUUCUCCAGUUUGCAGAAGUGCUCACCAGCCCAGAAAGGUUGACGACCCCUGGGCUAACAGGCAUUACUUUUACUGAGAUUAAAUAAAACUUACUCCCAUAUCUGUAUACCUGGACAAUGGACUGUACUGAUAACUGGUAACAAGAUUGUUUGCUCCCCAGCCAACAGAGAUGUGUGAUUAUUCCACGUAGCUUUCUGAGUUCACUAUUUCAGUAGUUGCCUAGUGGGUCAACACGGCAUUGCCAAUUCACAUAUAUACCCACCUAUACAAAGAUGGAAACACCUGUAUCCGCAUAUGCCUUUGAAUCUACCUACUGUUUAGCAGCUUGAACCCUGCAAUUUCUCUUCUCACCUCCACUCUACUUCGCAACUGAGCCACUUCACCAGAACUUAUUUUCCAAGGAGCAGUCUGUCAUGUGCUAUGCUUACAUUUAUCAGUUUGGGCUUUAAAUAAUCUGGGGUCAACUGACCUUUCUCAGACCCAAAUGACCCCAAUCAGUUAACCAGCACCAAAGCAAAAAAACCCCACAAAACCCUGAGGUUAAUUUCCACCAUAUGAAAGUUGGCUGGAGAGGGGUGUAGCAGAUGGACCUAUUGACCCUUCGCAGAUUAAUUUACCUGCUGCUGCAGGAUCACCCACACAUUAUGAAUAUUUAUAUUUCCCCCCCACCCAUUUGUUACCCUACCUCUCCCAAAAAAGCUCCAUUCAGCUCACCAUAAGUGACAUCCUAAAAACAUGCAUACUAAGCUGUCAAAAACUCAUAAGAGCAACAAGCAGUCAAAACAGAAACAGAUUGCAAAGAAAGAAUUAGUCAUAUGUGAGAAUCAUAUUUAACCUACAGCCUUCAGCAGACUGUGGCAUUAAAAAUGAAGCAAAUUUAAAACGAGCACAAUUGAAACUACAUUCCAUCCAUCUCAAUCCAGUAUUUUUGCUUGGAAUCAAAUCUUCUUUCUAGUUGCAGACAAUGAUUCUCGUUCCCACUACCCUUUCUUAGGAAAUGGGCCCCCUGUGCUCAUUUAGAAGUGCAGUUAAGAGAGUGAUAAAACAAGGAGGUCUGGACUGUGGAUGAACUGUUGAUUGGCCUGCACAGCAGGACCUUAGUUCUGUCACUGCUUGGCAUCACUUGUCCAUGGAAGAAGAUUAGUCAAAGGUUGCAAAGAGCAAAAGGAAUCCUACACGGAGCUUCCUUGUCCUUCUUGCUUUGAUAGGCCUGUGUUCUUUGUGCAAGGACUCCCCGGGGGAAGAAUUCCCGCCUUAGCUGGCUUCUUAUAUCAGCACAUUUUAGUCCGUAGUAUCACUUUCUGUGUUAUUUCUGUUGAACAAUCUUUGAUACCUCCAACAAUUAUUUUGUUUUGUUCACCUUCAAAGUUCACUUCCCUGGAAAGAAGGGAAUCACAUUACAGCAAGGAAAGCUAAAGUAAACUUAACUGAGCUUUUCCAACUGCUGCUCAUUUUAAAACUGAAUUGGAGGUGGCGAAAUAAAUGGAAGACCACCAAGACUCUUGUAUUCUGUAUAGACUUCUUCACUGUAUUUUGAUAAUCCAAAGCAGUGAAUAAGAAACAAAAACAAAUCAAUGUUUGUAACAAUGCAAAACAAAUGUACAAAAAAUUAUGUGGCCAAUGAAACAGAGGCUAUGGUCUUCACACCAUGCACUCCCAUGCUUGCUUGUUCACACUUAGCCAUGGUUUGGCUUAGCAUUGUGUGCAAAUUGGGCCAAUGACUCUCUAAUGUCGGGUGCAUAAUUGUCCAUGAGUCCCAAGUUUCCAACACAUGAUGGAUUGGAUGUUACUUUGCUCAUGCAUUGGCAACUCCUGUGGAUGAAAAAAUGCACUUGAGAUAAUGUGUGAUCCAAAUUUGAAGCUUAAGCAAGCAGGUCAGACCAAAGACAAUGAUGACCCUUUGGACUUAGGGCCAAAGUAAAUGGUUGGAGAUUCAUGGUCAGUUCUCCAACCUCUCUCUUUUUCUUUUUUUUAAAGGAAAUUUCGUAAAGAGGCAAAUAGCAGGUGAAGGUUAGGACUUGGGGGGAAAGACUGUUAAUAGUUUUUGAACAUCUUGUCUAAUGUGACUCUGACAGGUAUGAACUGAAUGCGUCAAGGGGACACAUUUGUAAAGCCUUUGAAGGCAUUGGGCAUAUUCUGCAGAGCAAACCUGGAGUUGCCAUUGAGUGUACACUUAACAAGGAGCUGCAGCCAACUGGAGAUCCCCAAUAUAUUUUUGUCAUACUAGGUGUGUACAUCUAUACAUACAAUGUACACACAUUGUGUGUGUACUCAAUACAUCUUAUGCAUAUACUUUACAUUUAAAGUGUGAAGUGGUCCUUAUCAAUAGGUUUCAAAUGCCUUAAGCAUUUUCUUCAAAGUCUAGAAUAAUUUAGGAUUAUCUCACUUGUAUAGGUGGUAUUGGCUGUGUCCACACUGGGCAUUUACUGUGAAAUUGGUAUGCUUUAUUCAUCCAUUUUUAUGGGGCAUCUGCACAAUAUCCUGAACAAAACAUUACCCUUUCAUGUUUUCUCUGUUCAGCUGCUGUUUCAUUCUAGAACUAAGAAAAGCUUACUUUUUCCUUUUUUAACGAUGUGGAAUAAUAGUGCAAUUUCCCCAGGCCUAUUGCCCUGCUUUUCUACCCAGGAUAGAUUGCUCUUGCCAUUUGCUUCUCUGUGGUCUGCCUCUUCUCUCUAGGAAACUUCCUUUUCCACAUGCAUUGCCAUUAUACCUUUUCUCUCUUUCCCACUCCCAAAGUUCAGCUGUGGUGGAGGGCAGGGGGAAUCAUGACUGGAAGUGCAUGAAAGGAAGUUCACCCACACUUAAUGGCCACAAUGCAAAUUGUCCCCUUCCAAUAGUUAGGGCUUGGGGAAAGGGGACUGCUCAUUUGUCUACAGAGUGCUCGAAGGCUGCUAUUCUACUUCCAGCUUAAAGCAGAACAUCAAUGAUUGGGUGCUGCUAAAUCUCCCAUAUACAGUUGCUCUGCCCACACACUAUGUAAGGAAGAUUUGCAGAGUUCAGUGACUGUUCAGCACCAGAUGUGUAUUAUCUCAUCACAUACAUAUGCUGUAAAGGGGGGGAAAUGUUUGAGCCAGAAUAUUCCUUCUCAACUGAAGAGGCAUGACUGGUACCACCAGUUUGUGCUGACAUGAGUAAUAACCUACCCAACCAUCUCCCAUAUCAAGCUGUGGGAGGGAAUGAGAAGAACAAACGCUCCAGGUAGAAACCUAGUUAGAGCCCACUCAUCUGGCAUGCCACUUAUGUAAUGGAUCCCCAUGCAGAUGCACCAGCUCCUCUGAGUCUGCUUAAAUUCCUACUGAUAUGUGGAUCAUAUGCUUUAUCGUUGCAAAGGGGUGUAACUGUGUGUUCCUCCCUUCGUCAGCUGCCAGCCCACCCUGGUCAGGGAUAUGACAGGAGGGACUGGUGAAUCUUCCAUUCCACCUGCACAGGGGCUAUGCAGACAUAAAGUGGGGAAGUCCUGCCUCUUCCAUGUUGGCAUAAUCUGAAAAGGUCAGCUGGAGGUGGAAGGAAGUGAGCAACAUUAAACCAAUCCCCCUAGCCAGUGCAUAACCACGGAGAAGGCUUACUAGAAGGAGACAAGAGAAGGGAUUGCAACUUAGUGCCAUGUUAACUCCUUGCCCUUUCUCCCAUCAGUUCCUUGGACCUCCAGAAGUCUUUUCUAGAGGCUUUUGCUAGCCGGUUGCUGUCAUUACAUAGGACUUGGGCUCUCCUGAAGCAGAUGGACAUCUUUGAAAUGCAACUCUAAUUUAUCUGUGUCUAAGUCAGGGGAGGGAGGGUGAUUUAAAGGCCAAAGAAGUGCACUGGUGUGGGGUGCUUGGGGAAGCACUGUGACUGUGUGGUAGAAUCCAUGCUCUACAUGCAAAGGAGCCCAGGUUGAAUCCUCAACAUCUCUAAGUAGGGCUGGGAACAACCCCUGCCUGAAUCCCUGGAGGGCCACUGCAAAGGCUUUGCAAUUAGAAAAAGUAAAAGUAGUGGGGGCGGGGGGGGGGAAUCAAAUAUAAAUAGUGGAAGUAUACAAAAAAGAACAACAGUAUUUUCCAUCUUCUUGUAGGUUUCAUUUCAUUUCAAAAAACACAAUUUUAUUUGAUGGUUUGUUAUUGUUUAUAUUUUGAAUUAGAUCUAUAUAUGGGGGCACCAAAAUCUUUGAAGUGCAUAGGGCCUCUAAAGGUCUUAAUCCGACCCUGCCUAUGUGAUCUGACUUACUAAACCCUAAUGCUUCGAAAGGUUGCUCAUUUUUUUUUUUGGUCAUAUUUUGGUUGCUCCAUUUUGGAAUGUUUGCAAACUAAAAGUGGCAGUUUAACCCUCAUCAUGCAUGUUAACCUACCUCUUCCUCUGGUUAGCUUAUUUGAGUGAAUUUGUAUCUGAUAACAGUUUCUUUAUUUGGCAUACAGGGGUCUGGCAAAUAGCACCUCAGGAGGUGACAUUAUCAUCCCAGCUGUGAAAUAACAGGCAGCACCCCUCCGUAUCCCUGUUUUACUACACCACUGGUCCACAAGCACUUAUUCCACAAUAAAUAUAUUCUUAUUCCUUCAUGCAGAGUUUCACAGAUGUCCUUUAUCCUCAAGAUAUGCCUUCAGUUGGGCUGUUCUAGUCUCUCAUUAUGCAACAGUUCAUUUUCAAGAGGUUAAUUGCUACGUUUUUCUUAUUUUAUUUUCAUUUUGCCAGCAGCACAUUCCUUAGUGUCUUUCCUUAUUAACCUUCAAGAUUAAGCUGUAGGUGAUUAUGUGCUUUCCAUGUGGAAAUGCUGUUCUCUUUUGGCUAAAAGACUGGGAGCUGGUUCAAAUGGCUUGUAAAUGCCACCUCAGUGUGAGCUUGGCUAAUAAACAGUUGCAACUGUAUAAAGGAUGGAUAGGGUUUUACAAAAUGCAGACCUAGCUGAGUGUCUGGAGAUCAUUAUUGAGCAAGAAGAGGCCCGUUGGCCCUUCUUUCUUAGAAAGUGUGACAUGUAAGCCUUCCUGAGCCGCUUGGAGAAAGAGUGGGAUAUAAAUGAAAAAAAUAAAAUAAGCCUAAUUGAUGGGUAGAAUUUUCCAAGCUUACCACUCACUCAGCAGAAUCCCAUUGUGUCCUAAACUAGAUACUGUAUGGUGUUCUGUAGAUGCAGUUAAUGUGCAGUUUGUUUUAGAAAACAUGAAUAGCAGUUGUGGGGCCACAGGGGGCUGAUAGGGAAAGUUUACCCCUCUUUUCCCCUCUGCCUUGGUCAUGAUGUAAACCAGGGGUCGGCAAGGUUUAUCUUGCCUGGGCCGGUUCACUCCAUGGGCCGGAUUGCAUGUGUGUGAGCGCACGCGAUUUCCAGUGCCAUGGAAGCGAGUCUCUGCGCUGCGCUGGUUUAGCACAGUGCGUGGGGCCUUUCUGAGUGGGUGGCUCACUUUGGGGGUGGCUCGUGGGCCAGUUAAACAACCCCCAGGGGCCGCUUGUGGACCAUGGGCCUUAGGUUGCCGACCCCUGAUGUAAACUGUAGUAAAAAGAGUUAUAUCCAGCUAGAUGAUGUCAUCAGAAAGGGGAGGUUUUGUUUUGGAGUUACAUUAGUUGGAAUACAGAUCUUGAACAAGUCAGACGUGUAACAGGUCUCUUAAUACUGGGGGGUCUCCCUGAAGCUGCUCUUUCCGUUGGCAGGGAAGCCUGCAGUUUGGUUCCAGUAAUGGAGUUGGAUGAAACAAAUGCAAUUCAAAGGAAACAAAUGCACUUUAAGUUCACAUGUUCAGAUGCAAGUCAUUAAGUGAUGUGCAGGCUUGUGUGAACCAACUGUUGGAGGCAGUAAGUCCUAUUCUGUGUCCAAAUUCUCUGUCUGCAGCACAGCAUCAUAUUCAUCCUUUUCACCAUGCUGUAGUAAACCUUCCAUCAUAAGCUGCAUUGAUUUACAGAGAUGAUCUUGAAAAAGAUGAGUCUAUUGGAAAAGUUGAGAUAAUCUGAAAGUAUCCAGCCUUCAGGGAACAGAGUAAUAGUAAUAACAAAGAAAAAAAACCUCCUCUUACCUAGCAGCUCUGACUUAGUACUAUUCCAAUUAGAUGCUGUGUAGUGCGUUCUAGAGACCACUGGAAGGUGAAAUCCCUGCAGGGAAGGAUUUGUGAGAUUCUGCAGGAAAUUGGUAUUACAUGUAAUUGUUUCCUGCUGAGAAAGAUCUAAGAGAAAGUUGAAGAAAAGCUGCUAGGCUUUUCAGCAAUCACCUCUUGAAUAUAGAUUGAAAAUGAGUUUCACUCCCUGCAUACCUACCAUAGGGGCCCCAAAGUAUAUUUUGCUUGAAUAAUGCCUCAUUACGUAAUACUGGUGAACUGCAAAAUAGUUUACCCUGUAAGUCAGAAGUCUACUGCAUCUCUAAUAAGCAAGGUGUUGGAUAACAUUAGCUAGGAUGACCUGCUGCUUGGAGUAUAUGCCUGGAAAUAAAGGGACAAAAUUGAACUUGAAAAACAAGCCCUGGUUACAACUUUCAGAGGGGUAGCCCUGUGGCUCAAAGGUGUAAAAAAAACGACAAACAGUUGUUAGAGCUGGUCCCAAAAUGUUUUGAUUCCUGAAAUGAAGGGUGAGCUCACUAUUCCUACAUAAGCUGGAUGGACAGGUACCAUCAGAGCACUGCAAAUGGCUGAGGGGUUCAGCAGGGGUCAAAGAACUGUGUGUGCGUGUGUGUGUGUGAAUGUUGCCACCACUGUCCAGCAUCAUCUACGUAAGGUAGCCACCUGCCUCUGCCUAAUGGUAGGGACAGCCCUGUAAUAGCUUUUGGUGGGCUAGUCCCUACAUCAACAGACGCACAGUGUUAUCCUCAUUUGACAUAUACACAUGCCUAAAUCCUAGGGGUGUGCAGCAGCUUUGGAAGGGUCCCAAAUGCCAAGUUGAAGUAGGGAGCCUCAGAAGGAAUAUUGGGCUUGUCCGAGGUGAAGCAGGAUCCGUACAAGGUGCCCCAAGUCAAAGUGGGGAUUCCACUCCCAGUGGCCUUGUUGACAACUCAGGUGCCAAAGAAGUCAGCACUAUUCUCCCCAUAGGCAACUGAGGCUUGCCAAAUCCUUCUAAUGAGCAUGGAAAAUAAGUCAUAGGUGAGAUUUUUAACUGGGCACUUUCUUGCUCUGCCUCUCAACCAGUGUGCUGCAAUGAACAUUUGUUUUUUUUUUAUAAUUGAUAUUUAUUAGGUUUUCAAAGAGUAACAACAAAAAUUUCCAAAAAAGUUUGAAAAUACAGAAAAAAACAAAAAUAAUACAAAUAAUAAAGAAGAAAAAACCCAGCCGCAGAAAAGAAAAAAAGAAAAACAGAAAAACAGAAAUAUAAAAUCCUUUACGAUCUCCAUUAACUUCCUUUCUAGGCUUCCUCCUCCCCUCUCUUGUUUCUUAGUAUUUAAACAAAUCCUUUCUGUUUUUUCAUAACAAUCUAUCAUUACGUUUCCUUAUUCUAUUUUCCCUUUUGUCAUAUAAAAACUUUAAAACUCAAAGCUUAUAUUCAAUAUUUAGCAAAUUCUUACAUCAUUACCUUUUUACAAAUCCUUUACCAAUCCUUACUUAAGCCAUAUAAUUUCAUUCAACAUCCUUCAGACAUUUAUAAACAUUCCCAAUAUUAAAAAAUAAGAAAGAAAAAUAAUAAGUCAGAUUCAGUCCAGUCAGCUUCCAGCCUCCCUCCCCUGGACCCGGGAUUGUCAGUCCUUUUAACCUCAAUAAUCCGGCUCCUUAACCUGGUUGUCUCGUAUCCGAGGCCCUCAAGUCUCUUUCUUGCCCCUUUCGCCACUCUUGUUGAUAUUUCCCUUUCAGUCGUGGAUACUCCAGCAAAAAGAUGCUUUUGACUCUUUGCAGCAAGUCCAUCCCAAACCCAUUACCCAAGCCAGACAGCAGAUAAUACCACUUCCAAUUUCCACAAAGCUUGGAGACUUCGACUACUCCAAUCCUCUGAUGGCCCAUCACUAGACUCGGAAAGUCCAAAUAACCAUAUAGAGGGGUGUCAAUCCAUCCCCCCAUUUCCAAAUCUGACCACAUUUCAUCUUUCCGAAUCAGGUUUGUCCCAAGUUCAUUUAUCAAGUUCAAAGGCUGAUCUUGCCCAUCCAAAGGUCCCUCCAUCUCUGAAGCCUCCGUCGCUACAGCAGGUUCAUAUACUUGUAUAGACUUUAACUGAAUUUCAUUUGUUUGCUGCUGUGCUCUGGUAACUUCCAUCAUCAAGGUCGGCUCCUGACGCAUCUGGUCCAGCUGGGCACUUAAUUUUGCAAAACCUUCCAGGAACACUUGUUCAAGCCUUUGUACAAGCAUUGUCCUUCAAGGUCAAAGAAAAUUCUUUCCCACGAGAAUAGUCCUUCUCUUUUAAACUCUCUGCAUUGCAAUUUCACUCAGUUCCACUAGAUGGAAAACCCUUUUUAAAAAAAAAUUUUUAAGAGGGGGAAAAACAACAGCAACAAUCUUUCUUUUUCCAGAAACACUUUAUCUAAAAUUCCCCCUUCCAAAUUCAAGAGGCAACAGUAGAAUCAAAAUGUUACCCUUCUUUUAACUAUCUGUCGAGCUGGAUAAGCUUCAAAACGUCAGUUCUGACAGCCCGCUCCUGGUUCAGGGCGGUGGAAAAUUACUUUAUUUUAAACUCACUUCCGCAGGGUUGAAAAAACCAAAACAACCCCCUUCUUCUCCUGCAGUCAAAGGGGGGUUCAGAAAUCUUAGAUGUUGAAUUUUAGUUCUCUCAGAAUUUAAUUUUCAAGCUUUAGUAUAAUUUGUCUUUGCUUUCUUCACAUAACAAAAGAACGGAAGGCGACUUCCUGUUUAGACCUUUCCGUUCCGAGUCCCAAUUAAAUUCAAUUUCAAGUUCAAGUCCAAUGUUAUUUAUUUAUUCACCAAUCUUAAAAGUAGUUCAGCUCUUCCAGGAUCAGGUACUCACGGAUAGAUGUUUUAGAUGCCAAAUUGUCCAGGAAAAAGGCAGCGCUCUCCGAAACGGCAGUGCGGCUUUGCUGCACGGAGGAAGCAGUCGACUCACAGCACCACGCACCUCCACUCCGGAGCCCGGUAACGGGCUCCUGUACAGGGGAGAGAGCGCUCUCGGUGCCCGCCGAGUCCCACGUCCACAGGCUUCUUCCGCCUGUGGUUUUUAAGGGUCCCCGCUGCGCCGUAGCGGCAGGACCCAAGCCUCCGUGCAGCGGGUUCCCUUCAGUUCGAAGGGAAUUCCGCCAUUUUCCGGAGGCGCCACCCCGGAAGUGCUGCAAUGAACAUUUGACCCGCAGAACAAAUAAUAAUCCUUUGCAAUAUACUCUUUGAAAUGAGAAGACAUGGACAUUGCCUUGAGUUUCAUAGUGACAGACGAAAGGCAGGAUAUAAAUAUAAGAAAAACAAAAACAAUGGUGCCUAGUUCUAGAUACACUGCAAAAAGAUGCUGCUUGCAAUCAACUUAAAUUCCCAGCUAAAAACUUUCAGUUUAGCCCAAAUGCACAGCUGUCUUCUCUCCAUUGAGGUAAAUAUUUUCAGUGCUGCUGGCUUACAGUGCAAUCCUGUCCAUGUCUACUCAGAAGUAAGUCCUAUUGAAUUCAACGUGUCUUACUCCCAGGCAAGCAGUUAGGACUGCAGCCUUAUUACUCAGUUGCUUCUUUCAUCUGUUUGACUGCUCAUGGGUUUCUGCAGAGCCAUUUUAACCAGACAUAUCCUGGGGUGCACUGUUCCCACAUCUCCCUCUAGAUUUGCAAAAGUAGGCCAUUGCCAGCCAGCUGCUGGUUAGGGUGCCCCUCCUUGUUGAACGCAGGCUCUGUAUUAUUUAUCUACCCAGGCAACUGUUCCAAACUCAAAGGCUUUGAACUCAACAAAACAGGGGAAAGUAGCAGAUCACUGCUGUAAUUAUUGCAAACAAAAAACAGAAUUUUAAAAAUGUACCGUAAUUAUUAUUCUUUUUACAAUGUGCCUCACUUUCUUGCUUCCAACUGGUGCCAGAUUUAUGUCCUUAGAUCUCUAAGAAAAUUGCUACUUGGACUUUGUUCACUUGGACACUAAGAUGCAUUUGCUCUCCAGAGCGAGUUUGCUGGCUCCACAGCUCCUGGUAAUUUUAGGAGGAAUGAUGGUCCCUUAGAAACAGGGACGGUAAUACCACAGUAGUACAGCAGCCGGCUGCAGGAAAUAAACUGUAUAACAAGUACAGAAGACCACAAGGCUCUUUAAUCUUCAACACUGCUCUUUGUCAUGCUACUCAUUAUUCCGUUUCCCUGUUGUUUGCAUGCAUGUGCAUAUUUUAAGCAAGGACACACAUUUAUAUGCUGGCUGCAAAAGAAGGCGAUGGGCCUGAGCAUGACUACACAAGAUAGGGGAGAAUUUCCUUCCCUCCCAAGCUCAUGCUCACAUUCUUCAUUAAGCUGCAACUGCAUUGCCCUAAGGACAGAUUGAUUCUAAAUGGAAAUGAUGCGGUUUCUGAAAUGUGCCCACCCACCAUUUCAUAGAAUCAUACCAUUGAAGGGACCCCAAGGGGCAUCUAAUCCAACCCCCCUGCAAUGCAGGAAUCACAAUUAAAGAAUGCCUGUCAAAUGGCCAUCCAGUCUCUCUAAUGAAGGAGAGUCCACCACCUUCUGAGGUAGACUGUUCCUCUGUCAACCUGCUCUUAUUCCUGAUGUUUACUCAGAAUCUCCUCUCUUGCAAUUUGAAUCCAUCACUUUGGGUCCUACACUCUGGAGUAGCAGAAAACAAUCUUGCUCCUCCUUCCAUGUGACAGCCCUUCAUAUAUUUGAAGAUGACUAUCAUAAAUCUCUUUGAGGGUGGGCUUUCUUUUUUGAAAUAAGUUUAUUUUUUUUUUCCAGAUUACAGUUUUAUAAUCACAUAUCCAACAUACAGCAUAAAGACAAGAUUCCGUAGAAUCUCCUGGACUUCCCUCCUCCCCUUUGUGAGUCCUAUUAUUAAUCAUUUCCUCCUGCAUCUUUUAUAAUAAUCCAAAUCUUUUACAUCUUCAUUAUAUCCAAAAUUCACCACUAAACUACAAGUGUUAUUCCAUUCCUACUAACAAUUUUAACUGUUUCCCCCGUUCUUUAUUAAAAUUUUGGUCUUCCUGAUUUCUGAUUCUUCUGGUCAUUUUUACCAUUUCAGCAUAAUCCAUCAACUUAAUCUACCAUUCUUCUCUGGUUUGGACUUUAUCCUCUUUCCAUAUCAUAUAAUCUCUUUGUCUUCUCUUCUCCAGGCUAAACAUACCCAACUCCCUCAACCGUUCCUCAUAAGGUUUGGUUUCCAGACCCUUUAUCAUCUUGGCCACCUCCUCUGCACAUCUAUAUGAAUUGGUAUUGAGGUUCUAACAAAGGUUCUAACUAACAAAGGUUCUGUUAGUUGCUUUUUAAGCUCCUCACAUCUUCUCAAACACAGUCAGCUCACACAUUCGCCACAAAUGUAGAGAAUUCACUUGUGCUAUCUGUACGUAGGACCCAGGCUUGAGUGUUGAGUAAUCUAGUGAUGGCAGAUCUAAUGAAAGAACUGCAUGUGCGAAUGAGCCCUGAGCUGCGUAAUGACCCAGGCUUUUUCUCGAGUCUGGAGUGCAUUUAUGGAGGCUGCACUGAAAGAUCCCCAGACUGCAUGACUUAAUGAAUAAAGCACAUUGUUCACAGAGGGUCUCACCAGAGGCAAAACUUUGAAAAGUGCAAGAGUCACUGUUUUGUGGACCUCUAACUGCUUUAUCAUAUGGUCAGAGAAACCUGGCAGUUCUCAUAUGGCAGCAUAUGAAUUCAUUUGAAAGAUUUCUGUCAGAUCACCCAAACAGAUAGUCAAGUUCUAGCUGAGAGGCAUGGCCAGUAGAACAAACGAAUUCCCUGCAUGAAUUUCUCAACCAUUCAUUCCUUUGUGAGGCUCACAUAAAGGGAAAUUAUUUGUUUCUCCCCUAUUCAAUGUACUGAGAAAGUCUCUGACUUAGGCAGAGUUCAAUAAAACUGGCAGCCCUCUUGAAUGCCACAUAACAUUAUCCAAGCUCAGACUACUAACUGAGCAUCAAGCGCAAAAGCAGUUGAGUUGUCUAUAGUAAUCACACACAGUCCUUCGCCUGUACUUCAACCAUGCUAGAAUUUAUUGAUCUAGGGCAGGGUAGGGGAACCUGUGGUCUUCCAGCUGCUGGAACUUACCCUAGUGUAAGCCUGGAAAAUGGGUGGUUGAAGGGGGAACAGGUGGGGAUGGGCAUAUGCUGGAUCUUAACUUUCUUCAGCUUAUUCAUGUGACCUGGCAACCUGGCAGAACAUGUGCCCAUGAAAAGGUAAAGGGACCCCUGACCGUUAGGUCCAGUUGCGGACAACUCUGGGGUUGCGGCGCUCAUCUCGCUUUACUGGCCAAAGGACCCGGCGUACAGCUUCCGGGUCAUGCGGCCAGCAUGACUAAGCUGCUUCUGGCGAACCAGAGCAGUGCACGGAAACACCAUUUACCUUCCCGCCAGAGCGGUACCUAUUUAUCUACUUGCACUUUGACAUGCUUUCGAACUGCUAGGUUGGCAGGUGGUGUAAUUCAACUCUAUUUCAAAGGUUUAUUUCCCCUUUGGAAAGCUUAGGCUGGCUCAGCUCGCAGUAGCCCCACUCCUGAAUAGGGUUUGGAUCUGAGUUACUUUAUGCUGGCUAAACUUAAGGAAGCGUAACUUAUGCUGGCUUCUCAUACAGGCAACUACCCAUUUAUGUACAUACAAGACAUGGGCGACAGCGCAUCACCACAAACAAAAAGGGGUGAAAAUGCCUGUAAAAGAGUGUAAAAAUUGGAAAAAUUGCACACAAACAGCAUCUAGCAAUCCCACAGGCCUUUGCAAGUGAAAUUCCAGGAGCCUUUGCACUGACCUUUGAGGCCUGUGGAGAGUUCGAGUUUGAGCAACAAGGUUUGGAGCGAUUGUGUGCUUGCAGGCUUUUUCAGUGGUGCUCCCAAUAUACAAGACUUCACUUAAAUGUGUGAUAGCUCGGAAUGUAACGUCCCUAUCAUAGGUACGAAUUUAUUAUGGGCAGGCAGGUCCGGAACAAUUUUAUAGCCUUGUAACUUUUGUUGACUUAUUAGCAAGGAUCUCUUUUGGCUCAUCCCUUCUUAGGAAUUCUCUACUUCCUGACUGCAAAAAGAGGACAACUCAUAUAUUUUGUUUAAUUCAGAAAACAAUCCUAAGCAUAUGUAAUUGACUUGCAAUUGACCUCUCCUUAAAGUUAUCUGUUCCAUCUUUACUGAUGUAUGGUGGGCCUGAGUACUUUCCCUGAACCCCUCUUUGAUCUAGCAGGUCAGCAUUUGCAAAGCUUAUCUUAAUUACCCAUCCCCUUGUUUAGGUAGUCUCAAGAAAGACUCCCCAAAGAAGCUUAGGGAGCAGCUGAGAUGAAGCAAGAACAAAUUAAUGACCAUUUGAUAAGAUUCAUAAAGGGCAGAGAGAUCAUCCAUUUAUCUGGCAGCCAAAAGUAUAGAGUAAAUAAGUAUGCUCUUUGCCUCUGUAUUAUCUCAGAUGUCAUGCUUUCUUUGGAUUAGCAGAGAGGUGAAGAGAAGUAACAACAGCACCAGUUCUGCUUUAUCUCUCCAUGGGAUUUGAAUUGAAGUCUGAUGCCCUAUCAGUUAAGGGAUGUGUUUGUCUAUGUGUUUGCUGCCCUUCUAUAGCUACAGAUCAUCUUCUAAUUUGCGUGGAAAGUAGGAUACCUGUUUUAGAAGGGGUUUCCUGCCCUGUGUUCCAUGCUACAGCUGCAUAUCCCCUCCCCCAAAAAAAUCUGGAGGCUCAGGAGACCCUCCUAUAUGAUGUUCGAUCGGGUGUGAGGAGCCGAGAGGUGAAGGAAAGGAUGUUGUUAGCUAAAAGUUGAAGCAAAAGUGUGACUUUAUGUCUAAAGGCCUUGGAUAGAACAAACACCAUUAGAUGUACUGCUGGAUAAGUGUUUCAUGGCUCUUACAUUUGUUUAAAAAAUAAUACAAAUUGUGUGUAUAUGUGCAUGUGUGUGUUUUAACAAAAGCUUCCCAACUCCUCUUCUUGGUCAUGUGGGACCAGGAGGAGGCUAGACUUGUUCACAUUGCACAAUUGUGGUUUAGUGCUGCAUCCAAACACUUCCUAUGUUUAUCUCACUGUUUUAUGCAUAGAAUUACAGCCUUUGUCCUAGGCCAAACCAGUAUUCCUUCUAGGAUUACGAAAGAGAUUCAUAGGCUCCUCUGGAGUAGAUGACCUGAGGACUGCACCUGCUAGCAUCAUGUGUGAGGGGCAGUGAAUAAGCCUGUGUGAUAUGUCAAGGAGCACAUUGGCAAAAAGGAUUCCUUGCUUGGCUUCCUUCCUUGCCUCCCACAAGCCCUCCUGUUCUUCAUGCGAAAGAAUGUUUAGGAAGCUGUUAAAACUGUUAAGAAAUUUAAUCACCACAUGACCAAGGUCAAAAAUGCUGUGAAAAAGGAAGCAAAGAGCUAGUAAAAAAGAAGAAGAGGCAACUCCCCCUCUUUCCAGAUUGUUGUGGUAAAGCACUGGGUGCUCCUCUGCUUUAGAUAAAAUACAGGGGUGCAUAUUUUUUCUAAACAGGUGGCUAGCCAUCCUGGGGCAUUUUUCCCUGGGAAGGCUAAUUGUGACUUUGUUUUUGAAUAGCGCCUGUUGAACAUGUAAUAUAUUGCAGCUCUAAGAUCUUCUGUGUAGGAUAAGAGGAGAAACAGAGCUGCACAUUUAAUCUGCAUAUGUGAUGAGUUAGUUAUGGUCGCCUUCAGGUAUUUGGCAGUUUCGAGAUAUGCUCUGAAAUGCAAACCAGGCCUCAAGGGCUUUAGAGAAAACUGUGUAAAAAAGAGAGAGAGUUUUGAAUGAAAAAUUAACACACAUACUAACUUCUGCAAAGUGAAACCAGCUGGCAGCUGCUAAAGUCUGCUCGUGUCAUUGAGGCUGCAAUCCCACACCUACUUCCUUGGGAGUAAGCCUCAUUGAGCUCAGUGAGACUUACUUACAAGUAGACACAUGUAGGAUUGCACCCUCAGCAAACUGUGGUACCCAGAUUUCUUUGGGGAAAAGCAUGGCUGUUAAAGCAGUAUAAUGUUGCUGCAAAUGUAUGGGAUGCAUGUGACCUACAGUAUCAUAAUCUAAAACACACAUGAGAUGUAAAGGACAGGGGAAGAAAUAGGGAGUGGGUUCUGUCUUCUAAAGGCAGAGGAAAAUCACCGACCCUGGUCAAGCAAAGCUGAGGAUGGGGCAACAUCUGCCAAUCCAGGUGCCUGUGCUUUGGGGAAUAAUCACUUGCAGCCAGGCCUUGAUCCCACUGAAGACAACAGUAUCACCCAUCUUGGUUUUCAACAGACACACCACUUCACUUACCACAACAUGACUCAUCAAAAGUAAUAUGUGAUAAGGGGACACAAUGUGAAGGGGAGAUAUAGUUUAAUCUCUCAUCAUCUCACACCAUAAAAAGCACAGACUGAAGCUCCCAUGCAUAAGCAAAGUGGUGUGUUUUUUCCCCAAUAGGACACUGCUGCCAUUCUCCAGAGCAUUCCUUUAUUAGAGAAUAAUCUUAGAUUUUAGCUCCCCUUGUAAGAGUAAAUAAUGGCCGUCCAUCCCAUUUUUCCACAGACAGCUUUGCCCCUUCUCCCGUUCUUCUGCUUGCCGGGAAGGUUUGCUAACCUUCUUUGUUAUUGUCACAUUCACACAUGACAUUUAAAACCCUCUUAUACUACUGAAACAGUCAUCACUUCCCCUCAAAGAAUUCAGGAAACUGUUGCUUUUAAAGGGUGCUGAGAGUUGUUAGGAGGCCCAAACAUCACCUGGCAUGGUGGGGAAAGUUUCACCUAAUAAUUUUCUGUGUUAAAUGACAAAAAACUGAAUCAGUCUAAAAAAUGUAAUGCUUUAUAUUAACACCCAACAUGUUUGACCUUCCAGAUGAACCCUAACCCCCAGAUUCCCAGCCUUCAUUUUUCAGAAUGAGUAAGUUAAUUGCAUUUUUAGAACCUGAGAUAUGCAACAAAAUGUACAGGUGUUAUUCUUUGCAAAAAAAAAAAAAAGCUUUCUCCCUCCUUUCAGUGUUUUUCUUUGCCUCCUGCCCCACAGUGACAAUAAUUCCUGUGGAUGCCUGUAUUCCUCUCCUGGUACAGGUAUUAUGCUUUCUUCUUGAACAAAUAACUCUUCUAUGCAUUUUGAAUGAAGCAAAGUCAGUAUGCCUGAGCUGACAGGGACACUGAAGAACAUGGUUCUUGCUCUGCAUAGAUAAGACAAGUGCAAGGUGGAAGGUAGAGACUCCAUUCCUAGGAAAUGAAUCCAUAAUAAGCAGGAUAUUAAAAGAUAUGGGGAAACAUGCGACCACAGUAGGAAGGGAUGGAACGGUCCAUUUCUCUUUUCAACAGUGGCCAUCCAGAUGCUUUAAGGAAGCUGAGAAUCAUGAUCUGAAGCAACACCCCCCCCCCUUAGUCUGAAGUGGUACAACCUGGGCACAGGUUUACCAUGUCAAUGGUUACAUAGUCAUGGUGUCUUCAUAUAGCAUUAAAACCAAGGGGUGGGGAGGAACAGCCCCAGGAUUUCCCUCCCUAAGCAAGAGUGACUUCAUCUGCUGAAGUACCUGGUAAUCAACAGGCUCCCCUUGCUGUGGCAAGUAAAUGAGGUGAUAGUGAGACUUUCAAGUUUGUUUUUGUGACUCAUCAUCCAGAGUCCUGCCUCUUCCUGCCUCUUUUGGGAUGAUAUUGUGGCCCAUAUAGUGGCAAAAGAAGCACAAGCGCUGUGCGGCAUGAAUAUUUCAAGCACCAGGGUGGGUUACCUUAAUUUUUCAUGGCAUACAUUUUGGAACAAGGAUUCUCAAGCUGUGUCCUGCAAGAGGUGUGGGAGAGAGGCUCUUACGGCACAUGGCCUGAGAAUCUCUGUUCUAGAGAAGUGGGAGAAGUCCCUGAGGACGUUUACUGAUAUUAUCAAAAGUUCUUUUGCUGCACACUCCUUUGCUUGGUGGCAUUGGAAGCUGAGUGAGAUUGUUGGUCCUUCCAGUUUAGUACCCUAGCAGUGGCUCUCCAGGGUUUCAGAUGGGGGUCUCUCUCCCAGUCCUCCCCAGAGAUGUAAUAGAUUGAACAUAAUCCACUGUAGCCUGCACCACUGAGUGGUGAGCCCUCCCUUUGGCUUCUUGCUCAGAAGUAAUUCCCACUGUGUUCUAUAGAAUUUGCCCCUAGGACUAGGUCAGGACCUGGCAGACCAGGGUUCAAAUCCCAGCUAUGUUUGGGACCUUGGAGAGCAGUCACUGACUUUCAGCCUAGCCUACCCCACAGGGUUGUUGUGAGAAUAAAAUGGGGAGGAAGAGAACUAUGCAUGCCACCUAGAGCAGCUCCUUGGAGGAAAGGUGAGCUCUAAGUGUAGUCCUAAGAAGAUUGUGUGUCCUUUCUGAGGAUGCUCGCAGGUAUGGAGGGUUGAGAGGGGUGUGUGAGCGUGUGUAGAAACUAGACUGCUGUACAGAGGUAAAAUUUACAUGUGUAAAUGUACAAGUGUGCUCUGGCCCCACCCACCACCAGCUUGUGGCCCACAGAAUAGUUGCCCAGAAGAGGACAGUGCUGCUCUCGAAUUGAAACCCGUUCCUCACCUCUAGCUGGACCACCAAAAACCUGACCAAGCUGUCACCGAAAGUUUAUGUGUCUUAUCCCUGCUAAACAACAAGGAUGCAACUUUCCAAAGAUUUCAUGGUGUGUUUUGUUUUUUGUUUAAAAGCCACGGUGAUGUCUUUGUGGCUCUCUCUGUGUGUGUUGACAAACAGUGCGCUGAGAGAAUGCUACCGCCCGGCUCUGUAGGUUUGCCAAAGAGGCUGCUUUCCUUUUUCAAGCCGAAGCGAACUUAAGGAAGCCCACAAGGUGUUCAGGAAGGAGGAGGCGGAGGCGGAGGCGGCUUGCAGAACUUGCAGGGAGAGCUGCUCGCUCCCUUCAAAGCCAGCCGAGCGCUGGAGAGGAGAGGAAGGGAAGGGAAGGGAAGGGGGGGCGAGGCAUCUCUCUCUCUCUCUCCACCCGGCCUGCUCCCUCCGCACCGCUCCCUCCUUGCGGGGCUCCGUCCCGAGCGCAGAGCGCACCGAGGCCACCAUGGGGGCGGAUGAGCCCCAGGGUAAGUCGCCGGCCGGCCGAGCGGCUGCUUUUCUCUCUCUCUCCCGUCCAUCACCUCCUCUGGACUAUUGCGGUGCCUUGUGCUGGAAAUCUGCCUUGGGGGAAGAGAAGAGACCUCUCCCCCCCACACCUCCGCCCUCCUUUUCCAAGCCGGCCUGGCUGUCACGUAGCCGUGCGAUUCUAGACUGCGGCGCCUCAAAAGUUUCGGCCGUCGUUCCCCAGCCGAUUUUUGUUGUUUGUGCGUGGGGGGGGGGGUGUCGUUUCUGCCUGCCUUUCCCUUCUCGCCAUCUCUCAGCCCCCUCCCUCUAUGGAGAUGGACGGAGGGUGCGGUCGCCGACUGCACGUGCUGGCAGCCAGGACGGUGGUAGCCCGGCAGAUCUCGGCGCGGCGCUGCCCGGGCUGGGCUGGAAGGGUGCGGAGUAGGGGAUAGGAAUAACAACUCCGCUCCAAAUCUGGAGGCCAGAUACUCUCUUCUCACGCUCUGCAAAGUGUCUCACUCUGAGUUUUAUUUGUGUGUGUUUGGGGAGGGCGAUUAUCUAAUUGUUGCCCCAUUUCACACCCCCCCCACACUUUUGGGGGAAGGAAGGUAGAAUUAAAGCGGUGGCUUUGCACCUGAGAAGGUCUUAGCCAUGGAGCAGGUUUCCACUAUCCAGCUGAUAAGUAACGAGGCUUGGUUUGAGCAUGUGCAAAGUGCCGUUCUUUUGCCUCUCUCUCUCUCUCUCUCUGGGGGGUGGGGGACACGAAAUGUACUUCUGCAUCUUAUCUACCUGCUCCCUCUCCUUCAGUUUGUGGGAGAAGCACAUAGAAAUCUUAGAUGAUUUUAAGUUUACCUCCCACACCCUUCCAGGAAUCAGGGCUGCCCUUCAUUCCCUCCCUCCAUUUCAUCCUCACAGCAACCCUGUGAGGUAGACAAUGUGUGUCACCCAGGGAGCUUCUUGCCUGAGUGGAGAUUUGAACAGUGGUUCCCCACUGCGCACCCCACACUUAACAUUAAGCCGCACCAGUGGAAUGAAAGGAAAUCCCUGACAAGUUUUGGUGAGUUUCCGUUUUACACAGCGCUGGAUUUAGGGUUAGACAGCUUAACUGAGCGGCGCCUGUGGUGCCCUGCUUGGAAGGCAAUGGGUGCCAUGGACUAGCUGCUUGGCUAUAGUAACUCAAUACAGAAACAAUAGCUUUUCUAUAUGGUCUGAAGAAAUGCAGAUUUGUAGAUCUGAGCAUGGACAUUCCUUGUCUUACAGGACAAGAGGAAAAUCAUGCCUGAAAAUUGUGUGAUGAAAUGGGCUAUUGGUGCAAUAAUGUAAAAAGGUAUUCCAGGCUUGAACUUGGUGCCCUCCAGCCUGCAGGCUGAAGUUGUAGUCCAAAAAAUUGGGCAAAUAGAGAAUCGUUGGACUCUGAAGAAGAUUGUUUUCUAAAUGCAUAUUAAAUGUCAGUUUCUGAGCACCACUCUGAGAUUCCCUGCUCCUGUUUGUUUUAUGUGUAAGUUGAAUCUUCCAUGGAGAUCAGGUGUGCUGAAAGAAUGCAGUCCAUUCUCCCAAAUAACAAGUACCUAGCAAAUGUCAUUCUUGGUACAAUUCAGAAACAAAAUGUUUUCACCUAUGGCAAAAAGGGGAGCUUUUAUAUCAGUGAAAAUGUUUUUGUUUCUCAGUGUUUGUAUCUGAAUGGUUAAGAUAUUUGUUAUACUGAACCUGAGUCAGAAUUUGCAAGGGCUCCUCUAGAUCCUAAUUAAGGGCUUAGAUUGAAAAGUGCAAAGUCAGAAUGAAGGAGAGUGCCUCUGACCAUAUGCAGAGUGGCCUCUCCUGGACUCUUAUCUACAAGUGAGUGUAGCCAGCUCAUAAGCAGCAGGUAAAAGAGGGCAAAGCUUUUUAUCUGGUUGAAUGCUGACACCAUUUUCUGUACUCUGUUUUAAGUGUAAAGAAAUAAAAUGAGAAAGGAGAAAAAAGUGAGAUGCAGUUUGCUUUCCUUUAGCAAAUUACAUAAAUGUUUGACGUACCCCAUCCACCUGGCCAUGCAGUCUGCAUGUGCCUUCAGACCAUUGGCCCAUCUUGCUUGUCUGUAUUGUCUGGCAGCAGCUCUCCCAGGUUUCAGAGAGGGGAAAUGCCCAGCCCUACCUGGAGAAACCAGGGAUUGAACCUGGGACCUUCUGUUGAGUUAAGCCUCUUUCCCAUCACUAAUAUAGUUUAUAGACGCCAUGUAAUAUUCCCAGCCCCCUUUCUCAAAGUUUUGGAUUAGUUCGUGUGCUCUUAAAAUCCUCUUGAACUGGGACAUGUGAUACUUCUGGUGCUCACAGAGUGAUAGGCAUUAAGUCUUAGGGAUCUAACACUUAAAUUAAAACAUGCAAAAUUCUCUGCCAGGAUCCUGCUGCCUUUGCAUCCCUGGGGUGUUUAUUGUUCCCCAGCUAAAGCUCUGUCCAGAGCUAUACACUAUAAAUAUAUUGAAUUAAAUGCUUGUUGAAGACUGCAGUGAAAUCCAGGUCUCCCAUUCUCUGCCCCGCUCUUCCAAGAUGUAAUCAAUUUCAGCCAUAAAAUGCCACACACUUGUCUGCUAUUUUAGGCGCAUUUAGUUUAUAAUAGUCAGCAAUGUUGACACAGUCAGCUUUAGUUGAAAAAAAAAUCCAGCUUUGAACAAGUAUAGGUAGGGUUUUAAAACUUCAUAGCCUACGGAAAGAGUUUAAUGAAAAGUAUGGUUCCUUCAGUAAAUGCUGUAAGUUGGUUUGGGGUGGACUCCGGGGGGGGGCAUUGUUUCAUCAUCAUUUAAUAACCCCCUUUAAGACUGUGUUCAUUUCUGGGUCAGUCUUGGACAAAUUGGUGCAGAAAGAUACACCUCAUUCCACCCCAAGACUUGGUGAUGGGAAUGAGUGGGAGGUUCUUCAUGUUGCAGAUUGCAAGCAUAUGGGGCACUAAUCCAGAGCCGGCCCACAAUGUGGGGGGCAAAAGGGUUCAAGCCCCCCUGCCCCACAGGCAUAGAUCCCAAUCUUGCUUGCCUUCCUGUGCCUUUAGUUUGUUGCUUAAAAGCUAUUCCUGCAGUUGCUAAUUGUGCAGAUGUUGCCAAUAGUGGAUGGAGUGGUGGGGCAGGGGGAGGUUAGUUCAGUGCAAACAGACAGACCAGUAAGAGCGUCUGAUGGGCUCUGCUGGUGCAUUUGCACCAUGCCCGCCUACCCGCCCCCUCUUUUCCCUAGUGACUUGGCUGUCAGGCGGUUAGGUCAGCCCUGCCCCAACACCACAUCAUCAGCUGUUGGACUCCAACUGGACAUCAGACCCAGGCAAAAAAGGCAAUGGUCAAGGUUGGUGGAAGUUGUAUAUAACAAUAUCCGGAGGGCACAGGCCCUUGCAUGGGACCUGAAGCUCUUCUAGUCUUUGACAAGUUGUGCUGUGCUUAAUUUGCUCCCAAGGUGAUCUGUGAUAAACUGAUCCAAGAGUGGAUGCAAUUUGCAUGCCACCCAGUGUGCCAAUCAACUCCUAGAUUUGCAUACCAUGUGACAUGCUACUAGUGACAGUAGUGGGUGAGGAGGAAAUAACUCCACAUUCCAUAAAUAACACUGCAAAGAGUGCCUUGAUCCCUUUGACCACUCUUCCGUAAUUGCUUGCUUAUUUCGGAGUAGCCAACGAGACGAAAGCAAUUUGAGGAUCACCACUUUAUCCUCUCCAUUUUUGACAGAUUACAGUGGUAUAUUGUAUUGUACACAAUUAGACUUGUCUCUCAUGAUCUAAGGAACACAAUGGGGGGAGUAAACAAAGGACCUCUUGUUUUAUGAAGAGGAAAGCAAAUAAUCUUUGCAAAACUGUGCUUAAUUAUGGUGAGAUCAUUGAACAAAUACUUUUUUUGGACUGUGUCAAAGCAGCCACCUGCACAAAUGCAAGCCCCAUUUUGGCCAGAGUAUAUUUAUCUUUGGGGUGAUGGUUUCUGAAGUUCUUGGGAGAGGUGACCUGCUCAUUGUGAAAUGUGGCCUGAGUCUUCCAUGUUAACAGAUUUGGCUGGAGUCCACCCUAAUUAACUUUGAGCUGGAGUGCAUGUGUGUUUGAUGGAGGAGAAUACAGCACAGCAUGCAAUCAUGGCUGUGUUUAAACUUUUCCUUUUCUGAACUCUCUCAACUCACCGAGAGCUGCACCUCCAAAGUCCUUUGGGCCUUUUAGCAAAGCCAUGUAUUGGGGUUUUAACAGAUGUUGUUUUCCACUCCUUUCGUGGAAAAGGUUAUCUUGCUGGCUAUUGUGCAUUGUUCCAAGGGCCCAUGGCUUGGCAGUGGAAUGCUGGGGGAAGCUUGCUCGCUUCCAGCUACAAAGGAAAGUGCAAGUCUUCAGCGGCCUCAGUGAACUCUGUAGGAUCUAACUGUAGAUGACUGUGCAGGCUGAUGGGAUAUAUUAACAUGCAUGGGAGGCCUGGCCAAGUUUGUCUCAAGAGCACCGUCGUAGAAAAUUCAAUGGAACAGUAAUCAUUAUAAUAACAGAUGCUGAAAGAUGGCUGCAUAAGGUACAUAAGUUUUUGACUUCUGGAGCAACUGGUGGUUCACAGCAUCCACACGUACCUAGCAUACACUUACAGGUCAGUCUCUCACUAAUGGCUUGGCACCUUGAUUUCUAUCAUAGUGGCUUUCCAAAAGUUGCGGCUGAUCUUUUCGGGGAGCACAGAUAGCUGAAGGGAGGAGGACUAGGGUGGCAGACUUUGCUUAAUUGAACUUGAUCCAAGCCUAACAAUUUUUGCAUGUGGUAUAGUUUCCAUUUUAUUAGAUGCAUGGAGUGCCGUCCUCGGUAGGCAGGCACAUAUCUUCAUGGGUGCAGAGGAAAAGAAAUGGCAUGCAGCCCCGUUAGCUGGCAAUGAAAUGCAAAAAGUACAGCCUGAAAUUCAUGCCUUAAAGGUAUGCAAACUUGAACCAUUCAGGUGAAAGGAAAGUAACAUGGAUUUCAAUCAUCCCAACUAUACCAGCCUGGUACAGGAGUCCUUGUCUUCUUUUACUUGUGGUCAUCCUCUUUUUCUCCUAAUACUCUUUUUUUUAAUAAAAAAAUAAAAAGGAAAGGAAAGGAGACAAAGCUAAAUCCUAGGUGACUUGAGCUGUCGGAAAAGAGCUGUUAAUGCUUUAAGCUUGUCAGAACUGGUUGAUCACUUUGAUUGUACUAUGGAGCAAACCUUGUACCCCUUUUCUGGGGUUUUCACUAUCCAGGGUUUGUUCUUGAUAACUGCGAUUUGUCGGGGAUGGGAAUUUCACCUCCCACCAGAACUGCAAGGAUGGGAAUCAGGUUUAACUCCAACCAUAAUUUCAGUAGUUGCAGCUCUUUGUUUUGUUUUCAUUCCAGUUGGGGAGGGGCAUUAUGGUACUGCUCUUUUAGGGCACUGUGAUGAUAAGAGCAGAAAUCACUCUCCACUCUUGUUACUGAGAAGGUGGGGGGGGCAGCUCAUUCCUACUGAUGGGGAUCCCAUAGGUUACUGCAAUUUGUCUCUAUGUACAGAAUGAGCCAAGAUGCAAUAGGUAAGCCUUCUGCACAUUCUUCACCUGUCACAAUGAUGGUAGGACUGGUCUAAGUCAAGGUGCCUUGUAUCAAAGGCCAGCCAAGGGAUUCUAGCAUCUAAGGCAAAGUGCUUCUCCCACACCUGAAAAAUGCUAUAGCUGCUACAAAAAGUAACAUCAGGGGCGGACUUGGGUAAUACUGAACCCUGAGUGAAGACAAAAUUUGGCACCUUUCCCUCUCUCACUUUCUGUUCUGCGCAUGCCCCCAAGUACAUGAUGUCAUUAUUUUGCCCCCCCCUUUCAUUGAUACCUUGGGCAGAGGAACUGCCUGCACUGUCCUAAAUCUGCUGCUGGCAAAUUAAAUAACCAGCAAUUCUCUGCCCUUUCACUACACUGAAAAAUUAGCUGCCUCACCAGAGUGGUGAGGCUGACUGGGUGUUUUGCUUGAAGUGUAGAUCACAUAGUGCUCUCUGAAGCACAUCUGUAACACCAGGGUAGUAAAUAUUAUCCCCACUUUACAAUUGUCUCAUUCCAGUCUCUACAUUCAUAUCUUCUUCAGCGUAAGCCCGUGCAUUAUCCUUACUUAAAACUACCAGAAGUUCGGCUCUGCCCUCGCCGGUUCUGGAAGGAUCUUUUGGAAAAGUCACAUACGCUCAGAGACUUUGCGCCUGCCCAUUAGGGGAAAUGGGAAGCCUUGAACACUUAUUUUUUAGAUGUCCUUUUUAUGAUGAGGCACAUCGACCCCCAUCUGGUGAGGCUUGCUGACCCGCUGGACAAGCCUAAACUUCAAUUUUCUCCUCUUAGGCAAAAAUCACGAGACGACCAGGAUGGUCGCCAGAUUCUGUGCGCAGAUUUGUAGGCGCAGAACACCCCCUGGAACAAAUAGAUUGCUAGGAAAACUGCUGUAGCUGGCCUCCUGGGUGUCCCAGGGUCAAUCUGCAUGUUAUUUUAACCUUAGGUCUUUUUGUGUUCAUGUGACUAUUUCAAUUUUAAUCUAUAAGCUGUUAUUGUAUAUUGUUUCAAAUGUCUAUUUCACUCUUGUGAAAGCAGUCUCAGUUGUGCUUCUUGAACUGGUAUUUGACCGUAAUAAUAAAUUAUUAUUACUAUUUCUACUUGAAUACUGAACAUGCCUAAACUCAGUGAGAAAUACUUUAAGCAAUUGAGGUUUGUCAUUCAGCAAGUGAGAAGCAGCAGGAUACUCAAUUCAGUGUUGUACUCCUUAUAAUUCUGAAUAGAGUUUGAGUCUCUUGGGUAGGGUCUCACUAUAGUUCCAAGCUAUAUGUUGUUUUCUUGCUUCGCUCUCCAUUCUCCCUCUUUUUCACCUUCAGUAUUUUAACCAAGGACACUUGUGCUUCUCCAUCCCGUGUGUAAGGCACAUCUGGGCACUGCUUAUCUGUCUGGUGGCAGUAAGCCUCCCUUGUCCUUCCCUCAUUGCUCCCUCUGUAACUCUGUAAAGAAAUGCUGGUAUCUAAAGGCAACUAUUUGGAACUUUUUAUUUGCAAAACAAGGUAUAAAUUCAAAUGCAGGGUUUCCCAAACUUGAGUCUCCAGCUGUUGUUGGACUACAGCUCCCAUCAUCCCUAGCUUCUGAUAGUUGGCCUUGCCUCUCAGUUGAUCAGGGUGGGGAACUGGUGGCCCUUCAGAUGUUGUUUGACUUCAAUUCCCAUCAUCCCCAGUCAGCACAGCCAAUGGACAAGGAUGAUGAGAGUUGUGGUUCAACAACAUCUGAAAGUUCAUGAGUUGAAGUUCCUGCUCCCUUGGUCAUAGAGCCCCAUGAGAAGAGUUUGGCUAGGACCCUGAAAUUAGCCAGGCCUUCACUGUGGGUAAACUGAAGUUUCUCUGAAUGAUGGAGUUACCCUGAAACAACAAUAGUCCUAUUCACACAUUGUGAUGAACAAAGAGGUGACUGGGGUGGAAGGAUUAUCCACAUUCACACAUUCAGCUGACCAUGUAUUUUUAUUUAUUUGAAAUAUUCAUAGGCGGCCUUUCAGAGCAAAAUGAGCUCAUCUGCAUGCAGCUGUGUGUGCACAUCGCUCUUUCCAGCUUUUGUUGUGUACGCACACAGGUUACAUGCAGAUGUUAAGCAAAAUGCAUGAAGGUUUGGAGUGGAGUGGGGGUCAGCAUGUUCAGUCCUGUUCCCCAUCCACUCACCUCAAAUACAACUUAACAGGGCUAUCUCUCUGCAAUAACAAGAUAAAUAGCUGGAGGGACAUGUGGAAUUCACUACAGAGGUGAAAAGAUGAAUAUUGCAUCAUUAUUAUUUCUUAAAUUUCUGACCCACCCUUCCUCUCCAAAGGGCGGCAGACAACGAAGUAGCAAAACAAUACUGCUAAAAAUAAAAUGAAAACUUAUUUAGGACAUCUAAAAAUAUUAAGAGCAUCUAAUAUUUUUUUUAAAAGGUCAUAUACCCUCAUAGCUAAUAAUUUCACGGUUGCUGGGAACAGUGUCUAUCUUUAAGCCAUCAAGUGAGCAGAAUUGUUAAAAUUCUUCCUGAAUGUUGUUAAUGAGGACAUUUCCACCGAGAACGAGUAGGCCCUUUCAUGGGUCAACAGCAGCUGGGCAGCCGUGAAACCAACAUUUGGGGGGUGGAAUCUAAUGAAUGGUGAAAUUGUCCAUCAACCUUUGCCUAGAGCCAGGUUGAUGUUUUGUAUAUUUAGUCAAGGCAUUCUGAAGUGUGCCGUAAGUAAGCAUCCAAAUAAGUACAGUGGUACCUCGGUUUAAGAACAGUCCGGUUUAAGAACAAUUUGGUAUACAAACUUUGCAAAGCCGGAAAUAGUGUCUUGGUUUGAGAACUUUACCUCGCUCUAAGAACAGAAUCCGAACGGUGGAAGGGCACCGGUGGCGGGAGGGCUCAUUAGGGAAAGCGCGCCUCGGUUUAAGAACAGACUUCCGGAACGGGUUAAGUUUGUAAACUGAGGUACCACUGUACACCAAGUAAGUAUUUUGGUAACUUUCUAACCAUAAACCUGUGAUCAUUUCUGUUGCUGAUACAAAUGUGUCACAAACAAAUUCAUUUCAAUAGCUUUGUGGCAUUAAUUUCCGUCAUUUUGACAAAAAAUUCCCCCAAGCCAUCCCAAAGAUCUUGUAAAUUGUCCCAGAAGACAGGGCAAGGAAGCAGGCAGAGCAUUUGGGUCUUUAUCUCUUGGCUCAGUGGGUAGUCUCUGUCUGUAUCCCAAUCAACAAACUUCUUUAAAACAAUUGUUUCCCAACCUUUGGUCUCUAGCUGUUUUUGGACUACAAUUCCCAUCACCCCUGACUACUGAUCUUGCUAGCUAGGGAUGAUGGGAGUAGUAGUCCAAAAACAGCUUGAGAGGUGUCUUCACUUAUGCCCUCCCACUUAACUCCCACACUGAAUGUACUAUUUUGCGUUGUAGAUGUGUGUGUUCCUUUUAAUCGUGGAGCCCAAGUUUUAUAACCUGUGUUGCUUGUCAUACAAACGCCUUGAUGGAUUCUUCGUUAAAACAUUUCUUCUCACUCAGUGACCAAUUCAGGUAUUAUGACCUUGUAGCAGUUCAUGCGAAGGAUUAUUUUUGGGGGGCAGGGGAGAAGGGUGGUUUGAUAUAGUCUUCCUUGUAAUUCCCAAGAUCUUACAAGUUAGGUGGCAACUGUAAUCAAUAUGAAAAAGUAGCCUAUUCAGGUUAGUGGAUUUUCUUGGGGUGGGUGGGAGGUAUUGACACUAUAUUUCCGCACCAACAUACACCUCAAAUGUGUUCAUUGAAGACUGCAAAAUAGGAGUUGUGCCUGGAGGAAAUGUACACUCUGCCAUGCCAAAUAACUAAAGGAGGCUGUGACAUCUCUCUGGAAUGCCAGUGAGCACUGCUUAAGCCUCCCUGCUCUUUUUCUCCCUCCCCCCUCCACCACCAAGAACAAACUUGACAAAAUCCUUUGGAGGACUUUGUCCAGUGCUAGGUGUCAUUAAAAACCAGCAGAAUUUAUUUUGAUGCUGUUGUUCUUUUGUUUUCAGAACUGGUAGAGGUGGAUCAGAAGAAAUAAAACGUUUCUGUCUGAAGUUUUUUCUUGAGUUGAUUCUUCGAGCGGGGAAAGAGCUCCAUUCCCUGUACUUUGAUAGGUUUAAUGAAUGAGACGAUAUGGAGGGAUGGGCAAGGAAGGAGAAGGCUGUCGAGAAAGAUGAGCCUCAGGGGUGCAGGGAAAGGUGAUUUAGGGGGAUGCACAGGGGAUAGAGAGGGGGAGAUCAUUCUGUUGUGCAAGAACAAAUUCUGGUGGGAGCCAGUGUGGUGCAGUGGUUAGAGUGACAGACUAGGAGCUGGGAGACCAGGGUUCAAAUCCCCAAGCUCUUGGGGUGACCUUGGGCCAGUCACUGCCUCUCAGCCUACUUUACAGGUUGUUGUGGGGAUUAAAUGUGGAGGGAGAGAACUCUGUAUGCCACCUUGAGCUCCUUGGGGGAAAUGGUGGAGUCUAAAUGUCAGAGACCAAAAUGGGCAGAGCAAUGGCCAAACUGUUUUUUGCAGGUUUUAAAAGCAAUUUGAAAACCUGUUUUACCAGCAGGAAAAACAAAAUGAGUGUUCACACCACACAAGCCACAUCUUUCUGUUGUGAAGUUCACAACACUCUUGUGAAACUCUAAAAAACCCACAUGUACACAACCCUGUCACCAGCCUUUACAGGCAUUUACUCAAGGCAGGGAUUAUUAUGAAGAUAAUGAAAUAAAGCCAACGUCUGAACUGGAUAUGCAACAACUGGGAAAAGGUCCAGCUUUGCAAGGAGGCAGAGCCAAAGAUUUGGCGCUACUUUCCUUGUGUGAACUGUGCCAUCUCUGCAGUGUCUGGAAUGCUUGGCUUACAAAUGCGAAUAAUAUGACAGUCCUGUUCUCAUGCUUACAAUAUAAAAUACAUGGCAUAAGAGGAGAAGGGAUCAGGAGGGAGGAGGAAAUGAGCAAUGUUUCUUAGUUACUGAAUUCUUGCAAUGGCUAGCUGGAAUUGAAAUAUUUCAAGGAGAGGAGGAGUAAUAGUGUUGGGUAGAACUGCUGGAAGGAUUUCCAAAAGGAUAUCUGCUCAGGAACUCUUGAUUUCUUUUAAAAUCUCAUAUUUAUCCAUUACAUCCUCGCAAGAACCCUGUGAGGUAGCUUGGGUUGAGAGACGGAGACUUGCCCAAAAUCAUCCAAUGAGCUUUGUGGCUGAGUGGAGAUUUGAACCCUGGUCUCCAAGCUCCUGUUCUGACACUCUAACCACUACAUCACACCAAUUAUAAAGCCCUUGGUUUUUUCUCUCUUCCUGAUGGGUCUUAUUACUCACCUCAUGACUGUUGCAUGGCUUACUAUUGCAUGACUCUAAAUGCAGAGAGAAAUGGAAUUUGCUGCCAAGGAGUGUGGUGGAGUCUCCUUCUUUGGAGGUCUUUAAGCAGAGGCUUGACAACCAUAUGUCAGGAGUGCUCUGAUGGUGUUUCCUGCUUGGCAGGGAGUUGGACUCGAUGGCCCUUGUGGUCUCUUCCAAUUGUAUGAUUCUAUGAUUCUAUAAAUGUUUGAGAUUUGAGAUGCUGGGACUUAACAUUAAGGGAGAAACUGACAGCCCAUGUCCAAGAGAGCCGAACAGACAAUAAAGUCUACUUUUGAAUCAACCUGGCAUAGUUUUACUUAGUAUUCAACAUCCACAGAACACAUGGUUAUAGGCAGUGCUUUUUUUUCUUAAAAAAAUGCCUAGGGGUACUCUCAUUUUCCUACUCUCAUUGAAAUACUUCCCCUCAAUGAGGCCAAACUUAGAUUCACAAAAUGUUUAGGGGUAUGUGUCCCCCUGCAUCUCCCCAGAAAAAAGCACUGGUUAAAGUCCUCUGGGAACACAGGGCAACUUGUGGAAUGAAACUUUGCUUUAAAAGCUGAAAUGACUUAAAAGUUAAAUGUAAUUAAAUAGACAUUUGGUGCUUGGGAGGAGAGAGUUCUUGAAUAUUGACUGUUGUACAGAAGGUGGGUUUUUUGGGUUUUUUGUUUUUUUUUUAAAGAGCAUGGAAUCCAGGGAUAAAAGAAAGAUGGAGGGACCCCGCCCCCCAACACACACCAUGUUCUGUAAUGUUGGAGACUGAUGUGCUUUCUUUAUCGCCAUCAAAGGAGCUUCAGUAGUUAUCUUGGCAGCUGCGAGCUGGUCUCUGCCAGGGCUGUGUCCUGAUGGCUAUCUGUGAUUCAGCACCACCCAUCUACUCAAGAAUCCACUGUUCACCUCAGGUUGACUUCAUCUGACUGUGCUAGUUACUUCUCUCUCUCUCUCUCUCUCUCUCUGUGUGUGUGUGUGUGUGUAUGUGUAGCACAUCAUUCAUCAUUGUAACAACCAUAGGCUUUUUGGCUUUUUCUUUAAGGAGACCCCCCCCACCUCAAACUGUGUUCCUUUUGUUGUUAAAUUGUACUUCUGGCCACAAUUGAAUGUGUGUUUUGUUUUUCUCCCACGUCUUCUCCUCCACCCCCAUCCUUUAAAUAAUAUUUUUGUUAUCCGUGAAAAACGAGAGGGCGGGGCUUGGGGGAUAGAUGUUGCAUUGUUUUUAUUAUAUUUUCAGUUAUUUAUGCAACUCCAGGGGCACAUCAGCAAAGAACAUCCGCGGGUGGUGCCUAAUAAAUUAAAAGUGUUGUUCUAUCGUUCUGGAGAGUAGAAGCACAUUUGUUUUGUUUGCCUUUUCUCAGGAAAAAAAAAAUUAAGUCCAUAAACAAGAUGUAAUUUUAUUUAUUUAUUAAAUUUAUAUACGGCCCUUCCAAAGGAGCCCAGGGUGGCAUAUAUGACUCUUUAAAACAUUCUUUUGAAGUUUCCUUUAAACCAAAACUUAUGUUAAAUAGAUUCCCACCCACGUCUUCUGCCAAGGGGCAUUAGACAGGUUGUCAUCUUCAUACUCUCUUGUGUGUCGCUUUACACACAAUGGGGCAAGUGUGUGUAUGCAUGGAGGAAAGUAAAAGAUGAGGCACCAUGUCCAGGUAGACAAAAUCCAUUAAAUAAUAAUAAAAAGUCAUGCUGAAGUUUCAUUGAUGAUGAGACUGCAAUUAGUCACUGCUAACUUGUCAUAUUGAGACAAAUAUGACUAACUUUUACCUGGAUUUGGGCCAUAUUUUUUUUUUCUAAAGUAAAAGCUGAGGGUCUCAAAAUGCCAAAUUAAUAAAGGCUGUGCUCUUUCAGUUCUCAAAAUAUAGGCAAUUCCAUUCUUCUUAGCAUUGUGGGUCGGAAGAACACCACCCAGGAGCAUCCACCAUCUACCCUAACAUCUCUGCUCUUGUCCCUGACAACAUACUGAUGUCUGUUGUUGCUUCUGUAUGUGUACACAAUACAGUGAUACCUCGGGUUAAGAACUUAAUUCGUUCUGGAGGUCCGUUCUUAACCCGAAACUGUUCUUAACCUGAGGUACCACUUUAGCUAAUGGGGCCUCCUGCUGCUGCUGCUCCGCCACUGUGCAAUUUCUGUUCUCAUCCUGAAGCAAAGUUCUUAACCCGAGGUACUAUUUCUGGGUUAGCGGAGUCUGUAACCUGAAACAUCUGUAACCUGAAGCGUAUGUAACCUGAGGUACCACUGUACUAAAUAUUUUUGUAUAGAUAUGUGUUACACAUUAUCCCCUGCCCCCUGAAAUCUCUUCUGUGGAUUAGUGACUUCCAUUUAGAUUGUGUGAAUGUGUGGCUUUACAGACAUUGCUGAACUCCCAGCUCCCAUCAGCCCAGCCAGCAUAGCCAGUGGUCGGGGGUAGUGGAACCUGGAGUCCAUCACUGUCUGGUGGGCUAACAGCAGGCAUAGGCAAACUCGACCCUCCAGAUGUUUUGAGACUUCAAUUUCCAUCAUCCCUGACCACUGGUCCUGUUACCUAGGGAUGAUGGGAGUUGUAGUCCCAAAACAUCUGAGGGCCGAGUUUGCCUAUGCCUGGGCUACAGGUUCCCCACCAGGCUUGAUUCAGAUAAUAAAUGUUCAGACAUUUUUUGUUGUGCAAAAACCGCCUUGAGAGAAACAGCAAUGUGUUGAGAUGAACAGGCAGGCAAGGAAAUUUGGCACUGGAGAACGUCGUGUUGUUUUCUUUGACAUUCCCCUCCAGGCAUCUUUUUUUUCCUUUUUGCUCACUUAUUAGAGAGAUAGGAACUUAGGAGAAUGGCCUGAGCUGAGUGCCUGCCUGUAGCACUUCUGCAUCAAGUGACAUUCCUGUUAGCCCUCAUUAUGGCCUUAAUCCGGGGGAAGGCAUGAGAGUGAUUCCUCCUCUGUGAAGCAAGUCAUCUUAGUGAGUUGCAGGAGAAGGGGGAAAAAUCAGUAGGAUGAGGGUGAUCUCAUUGCUUCCUCUCUUUUCUGCAACGGCUGGGUGAGGAAGUCCUUUUUAAAAUAUAAGCAUGUCCAGUGUAGCUUGGAGAUAGCUAAAGAGGGUCUGGCUCAUGUUUCCACAAAACUGCUCUGGCUUAAAGUUUGACAAGUCGGAAACUCUGGGGAGAUAGCCAGCAUCCUGAGGAAGCGAAAUCGGCUCCGAAAUCUGUGAUGUCAUUGGCAAACAAAACAAAGGAGCCCCAGGAAGGUACAAUGUUUUCCCAGCCUUUUUAACUCUUGCAUCAGAUUAGAAAGGCUGCACGUUCAAUCUCAGCCAGUUUCUGAUGGGAAAGCCCGGGGGUCCACACUGUUCGUUUUCUUGCUUUGUUUGCUGCUCAGUUGGCAUUUGCUUUUAAUGCACACUACAUUGCCUGCUUGAGAUUAUAAUUAUCAGCCCCUCCAGAUGUCCUUUUUAUUGUGCAUUCAUGAUGAUUUGCACCCAUGGAGGUUUUGGGGCAGUUAUACGUGUUACAGAAAGCUAACCCCAUAACUGCUGUCAAUAAAGGCUUAAAGGAUCUUUGUAAGGUAGAAUUUCAAGACCUUAAGAGAGGUGCAGAAUAGGGAAUUAGAAUGUUUAGUACAGCUUAAACAAUGGAAAGCGGCUUUAUCAUUUGUAUGGAAUGUCCCUUUAGAUUUGAGAUUGGUCCAGCAAAAUUUAAUGUUUUGGGUAUAUUGGACUCCACAACCGUUUGUGGAGACAGCAGUGGGAGGUGUAAAACUGAAAAUGCCUCUUUGAGGCAUAUGAUGUGGGCUUGUCCAGUGACGUAUUCUUUUUGGUCUGAACUCAUCCGUAUCAAUUGUGUAUUGGCGAAAUCCUAAAGGUUUACAGAUGUUCAUGUACUUUGAAAUGUCAUUCCUAUAAAAUGGGGAUUAGCAGCAGGACACCAAAAGCCCUUAAAGUUGUUAGGAGAUUUUGAGCCUGGAAGGAUAAAUAUCUCCUGUCAUACAAUGAUCUGAGGAUCUCAUUGCCCUGGCUACAUGUGAACGUUAUUUCCUAUAGACAUCAAUUUCAUGUGGCUAUCUAUGUGGACAUUUGGAGGCCUUACAUUAAUUGAUAUAUUUAAUGGAUGUACUGACAGUUACUGCAUCCUUUUUAUAUGGUCUUCUUUUUCUUUGUUAAAUUUGCAAAUUAAAAAUUAAUUUAAAAACCCAAUUUUCUCACAGGAUGGUAUCAAGGCAAUCCUGCUUUCAAUACAGUUUGUGUUUGUAAAGAUUUUGGGGCAGGCAUAUGACUUAUUCGUAAUCUUUUCAUGUCCCAUAGCUUCAUGUUGAAAUCCUGUAAUUUUUCAUACCACAAAAAUUAGGGGUUUUGUUUAUUUUUGCCCCACUUUUGCUGUGUUAUACACUGGGGAAGCAUUGCAGAACAAUGAAUACAGCAGAAUGAUGUGCACAUGGGCCAGUAUAAAUCCAUCAUGGUUAUGAAGAGAUGCUGCAGAAAACACUUGCAAAAAAAUAAAUAAAAUCACACCAUUUGAGGGUGGGGAAUUUAUGUCAAAUGGUAUAAAGGGGGCAAAUGAGAUCAGGUGGACAACAUUGUUUCCAUGUGCUGCUCCCUGCUUCUGUAAACUGUAGGAAGUUUUAGGGACAUCAGAUUUAUUUCUGUUUGAGAGUAGCGGUGAUUGUGGACAUUUUUGUGAUAGCUGCUUGUUUUCAAAAAUACAGGUUGAGUAGGAGAGCAGGCAGGCAAGCAGACUGAUGGUACUAAUCUUGAAUGCAGCAUCACUUCAGUUCUCCAGAAGCAAAGCAUAAUGUGUAUGGUUCCUUCCCGCUAGCUCAUAUCUCCCUUGCCAGAGAAACAUUCCAACUCUUCUAGCCUCCACCCGUAUGUAUGUGGUGUGCCACAAAAAUUACCUCCUGCCAUAAAUACUUACACGAGCAAGGCUUUCUGGCUAGCGAAAGCGAUUGAGCAGAACAUCUGCAGCUGGCUCUAGAAAAGUCCACUGACCAUUAGCAAACAGUCCACUGUUCAAAAAGAUCAUCUUCUCUCGUAGCUUUGACACAGUCCAAACAGUCCUUUUGUUUCACCAUCAUUUGGAGAGCUGCAAACGAGUUGCCUUUCCGUGUCAUUUGGGAGGCGAUGAACAAGUUUCCUGUUUAACACUUUGAAUAUCAUUUUCUGGAGCACAAAGGACCUGUUGGGCAUGUGCAGGAGAAGAGUUCUUGUGCCAAUACAGAGUUCUGCAAAUAUUUAAGAGAUUGAAGUCUAGCCAGAUGGGUUGGGAAUCAGAUCAGAAAUGCAUGAGUCUGGGUUGCCUGUUACUUGUUUCAUUGUUUCUUAUCCUGUGUAUUUGUGUGUUUCUCAUCUCAUGUUCAGGCUUAAUUCCACAGCAUUUAGAAGAACGAAGCUCCACUGGGGCAGGCUGGGGGAGAAAGAUAUUUUUGACAGGGCUUGUUUUUUCAUUUCAUGAACUUCCAAAGCCAGCAAUACACAUCUAAAAGUACUGAUACUGCAAUCACCCCCCUGCGGCUUUGGCAUUUCAGACCAGAGUAGGAAUUCAGCCAGAUAUUAGCACACACUCAUACUGUCCCUGCUAUUGGGUUUGUGAACGUGUGUUGGGUGAGGCAACAUCUUCACUGAGGGAUCUUUCCUGUGUGCCUUCCAUGUUUAGAGAAUGGCUACAUAGCAGUAUGAGCCAGAACCAGCUUGUUGUAUAAUAUAGAGAUCCAUGAUGUAAUUAUAUUUAUUUGUAAAUGAUGUAACUAGAUUUGGGGUCAAUAUAACCAAUCUGGGGGAGUAGAGAGGGAAUAAAAGGUUGAAUAUCUGAUACAAUGGCCACAGUUUACUUGUAGUGCUCAUACAAACUAUGGCUUAGGGAAGGGGGGAAUGUACAGGGACAUUGUAUAAUAUUUAGUUUCCAUAUAGGUCUACUAUAUGGAAAAAGAGACAGAGUGGGGUGGAGAGAGAGGACAAUGAAAGCAAAUAACAUGCCUGCCAAGCUUAAUUACAAAACACAUAGCAGAUUAUAAGACUGCAUGUGAUCUUAUUGGUUGUAAGUCAUUUUGGGUAGCCUUGCGCAAGAUAAGUGACUAACAAAUGUAGUCAUCAUCGUUGUUGUAUUUUUGUUAUUUCAGAACCUAAUACAAAGAAUGACAUUUUAAAAAUAAAGUUCUUACUUCCUUUUCUGCUGUCUCUGUUUUUCUUGUGUGCAAAUGUGCAAAUGAAAAUCAAGUUAUGCUGACGCAGCCCAUUAGUCCAUCUAUCUCCAUAUUGUCUGCACUGACUGAGAGCAGCUCUCCAGGGUUUUAGGCAGCGAGUCUUUCCUAGCUGUACCCAGAUUUGCCCAUGAUUGAAGCUGGGAACUUCUGCAUGCCAAGCAUGUGCUCUCAUUGAAUUCCAUUUCGGCACAUAUUUCAGUUCUCUAUUUCCAACAUAAACCUUCACAUAUCCCUGGUUCCAUCCCUUCCCUAAGAAUCCUGGGGAUCAUAAUUCAGGGAGUUUAAGGUAUCUAACAGAGAAAUCUCUGCAUUCCCACUGAACUGCAGUUCCCAAUGGUUUCUUGUGGUGAGCUGCAAAAAUGAUGGUGAUGCUAUAUUUAUUUAUACAGCACUAAUCAGGGUGCUUUGCAUAAAUUAUUCUCACAGUAUCCCUAUAAAGUGGGUCCCUAUGCUGCAGGUGGGGAGGCUGAAUUAGGGGCAGAAGUGAGAUUUACCUGCUUUACUACAUCAGUUCUUAAGUUUAGAUUUACAGCUCAAGUUUGGGUCUUUUUGUUCUUUACACUGGGGUGACCUCUUUCCCCUUGGCAAUAUGAAACCCAAGGUACCAUUUCCAACUUCCAAGAUGAGAAUCCUGCUCCCAAAGAGACUAUCUUGGAGUAGUUUGUGUCUUUCAAACAGUAUUUGUUUAUCACCCUUCACAGCUAGCUAGCCAGGUUUCUUGAAAGUCUGCAUAGUUAUCCUGGGAUGGUUUUCAUCACCUUGCAAUUUUGCUGCUAAUGAUUUACUUCCACUGCCAAUUCCUGGGGUAUCUCAAGAGCUUCUUAGAUCCUAUUUUCUGCCCAGGCAACAGUGUGUCAAUGGCCGGAAAAUGGACACUGCACACACAACCAUUCCUGUUAAUUUAUAUACCACCAGGAAAAGCACAUUUCUUCCUUGCACCUGUGACCUGUCAACGCCAUGCUGUUGUUUUACGGUGCUCAAAGUGGAUCUUCCUCUUGGAGGGCGAAUUGUUCUAGCAGCCAGCUGUUCGUCCAUGUUCUGUACUUAUGAGUUCCUCGCACAGUCCCAGGUGUUUAUGCUUGAAAAAACACUUAGGGAUGGAGAAAUAAUUGCAAGUUGCCCUGAACCAACCUCCCCAUCUGUUAGAAGGCUAUACCAGAAUUGGCAGUUCUUCCUUCUCUUUGCCACCUCCCUUCAAGAAUGGGACUCCUUGCAUUUGCAGCGUCUGCUGCAACUGACAAUGACUUGUUCCUGUGUGGAUUUGGCUGCUUUCAAACUUCUGCUGUGCCUCCAAGGACUACUUAGACUAGUUCAGCUUAUCCCUCCAGGUCUCUCUAGCUGGUCCUCAGGCCUCUUCUUAGCCACAGCCCCUCUCUCCAGGCUGCCCCCUGGACAGUCCCUGCUUUACAGCCUCCUCGGAUGUUUUUGCUUGGCUGGCACAUAUCCGUGAAUUCAAAUAACACAUCUUGUUUGCCUGGAUGGAGUACAGAGAAGGGAGUGUCGAAAGUUCCCUAACGUGAAAAGAGUGGAGUUUUCCAUUUGUUGCUCCACGCACUUUUGUCUCUGGCACCACUUUGUUCUGACAUGUGGCCCCACAAAGGUUGCCCAGAAAGGAAUGUGGCCCUUGGAAUGAAGAUGGCUUCCUGUCUCCAGCUGUUUUUGGACUAUAAUUCCCAUUAACCCUAGCUAGCAAGACCAGUGGUCAGGGAUGAUGGGAAUUGUAGUCCAAAAGCAGCCGGAGACCCAGGUUUGGGAAACACUGGACUAGAUGGUGAGAAUGAUCCUUUUCAAAGCAAAGAUGGUCAUGCCGUUAAACCACAAAAGUUGAUUCUGCAUUUGUGUGUGUUUAAAUCCGCUGUACAAUAAACCUUGUGUGACGAACGCAAGUGUUAGACCAGUCUUUGCCAACCUGGUGCCCUCCAGAUGUUAUGGACUGCAAUUUCCAUCAGCUUCAGCCAGCAAAGGCUGUGUAAAACACCUGUGAAUUCAGACAAGAAGGAGAUGUUAAUCUUUGCAGUUUUGUCUCUCCUCGUUCCCCACAUGUUUUUCCCUUUAGGAUGCAUAUCUAUCACCAAAUGGCUGUGGUGUCCAGCAUGGUGAAAUGGCCAUCAUAGAUCAGACUCUCUAGGCCAGGGGCCAGCAACCUUUUUCAGCUGUGGACCGGUCCAUCGUCCCUCAGACCAUGUGGUGGGCUGGACUAUAUUUUUUUUUUGGGGGGGGAAUGAACGAAUUCCCCACAAAUAGCCCAGAGAUGCAUUUUAAAUAAAAGCACACAUUCUACUCAUGUCAAAACACCAGGCAGGCCCCACAAAUAACCCAGAGAUGCAUUUUAAAUAAAAGGACACAUUCUACUCAUGUAAAAACAUGCUGAUUCCCGGACCGUCCGCGGGCCGGAUUGAGAAGGCAAUUGGGCCGCAUCCGGCCCACGGGCCUUAGGUUGGCUACCCCUGCUCUAGGCAAAGCUCUAGGCAAAGCUUACCAAGUGUCUGGCAUUGCCGCAAUGGCAACUUUUUGCAAAGGACGUUUCAUUUCCAGGUGCAAGAGCUAAGGGAUGCCCAUGCACACGUAACUCUCCUUUUAAAAAGCAGCUGCAGGGAAAGUAACAUUGGAGUUGGCUUUGUGGUCUUUGAAUUUCCAAAGUCCUGUCUUUCCUUUUUCUUGUUGUAUGGUUGGCUUUUACCAGGGCUGAGAAAUGCUAUGCACCUGGGUGUCUAUGAAGUUCAGGUGGGCAUCUAGGCAUUUAGUAAUUUUCUCCCCAGAGCUGCAGAGGAUUCAGGAAACAGUACAGCAAAACAAGUGGGUAGACCCAGCCACACGUGGCCAGAAAAGACACAUGACUUAUGCAUGGACCUUCAAGUUGGUCAUGCUAGCAGAGGCAUUUGAUGUGGUUGACUCUUGAGUUAUUCAAGUGUAUCAUUGCUGGGCUUUUGCCUUUGAAAUGUACUACCAAGUGUUCUUACAUUAUGCAUAAGGAAGAGCUACAAAAUGUAUUAAAUCUCAGCCUUUUAUACUAGUCCAAGACCAUUCAAGAUAACUUUUAUCUCUUUGCCAUGAAUGCUCUGGGUUAAAAUCCCACCUCAGUCAUAGACUUGGUCGACAAGUAAUAGAAAUUCAGGGAUCACAAUUCAUUGGCACUCAGCCUCAAUUCCCUAAGUAUGUAACAGUAGCAGCGUACCUUGCAUGGAGAUUGCAAGAAGUAACCAAAUAAAGAUGGUAAAGCACACUUUAUGUUAACAGAAUUCUAUAAAUUAUUAUAGAUUUGAUGGCGAUUUAAUGAAAUCUCUCUGCAUGCAGUUAGAUCUUUUAUAUAUGUAUAUAUAAACUGGGGCUGGCUGUCUGCUUUGGAGUUGGACCAAUAUGCCUUUCUAUACUCACACAAGUCCUUUGCGUUCUCUUUUUUUUAGUGAUGGGCCCAGUUCGAGAGAACUUCCAGGGGUACCAAGGUGAAUGAAGCCAGUGCAACAUGUUCAGCGUAGAAGAUCUCCUGAUUUCUCAUGGAUACAAAUUGUCUAAAGCCCCCACCAAUUCAUUUGAGAACAGAACUGAUGGAUUCCAGCAAGAGAUCACAGAUAGGAGAGUUUGUCAUAGAACUGUGAAUGGGUUCCCGACAAACUCUGGAGCCAGUGUUGGCAGCAAGAAGACAGUAGCUAAAAGCUACCUGAAUGACAAUGAAGCUAGGCAUGCCAUCCAAGGGAGGCAACUGGGUCCCAGUUACCAUAAAGACUUCUCGAGUUUGGCUAAUACUCAUGCUUCAGAAGGACGGUAAGAUCCCCACUUCCAAGAUUUUCUUAGACAUGUACAAAUUCAAGCCAAAGUCUCAGUUUAGCUUUCCAACAGCCUUGAUUAUGUUAAGAGCAACUAUUCAUUUGUUCUGCUUGUGACCACCUCCAGCCUUGACAACCAGUGGUUGUUUUUGCUAAUAAUACCCUCUUUGUGUCUAGCCCUUAAUCAGAACAGGACAGAGAGAGACUUUGGAAAGAUCCAAAGCAUCUCUAAAUAAGUGAGUUUCUUUGCUUAUUAUGCGAUCAGUCUGUUGGUGGUUCUAAGUGAGUAUCUCAGUAAGAUUGUGAUGCAGAGGAUGUCCAGUCGGAGACUGGAUUUUCUUGAGUUGGCUUGUCAAAAGCUUGGAGGACAGGGGAAAAUAAGAACUGAGGAAUGUAGGAUGGUAUGAACAGCUGUCUUAUUCCAUUGGUCCAUCAAGCUCAGUAUCGUCUAAACUGAUUGGCAGAUGCUCUCCAUGGGUUGCAGGCAGAAGACACCCCCAUCCUUACCUGUAAUGCAGGGGGUUGAAUCCUGAGAUCUUCUGUAUGCAAAGCAACCAGUGCGGUCAGGCCAGGAUUGGUGUUGCGUGCUCAGACCAUCUUUCUACCAUGAGCAACCUGGCCGCUGAAUUCUGCGCCAGCUGAAGUAUCUGAAUCAUCUUCAGAGGUCCCUCUUUUAAAUUAAUACUUGAUCAAUGCCAUUAAUCAGUUAGUGCAUUUUGCAUAGUGAGCUUUAAAAAAAUGUUACAGGAGUAUAAUGGGUAGAUAAGAGAAAGAGAGAAAUUGUUUGGGGAACCAUAUUGAAGUAAAGAAAGAAACCCUUAUUAAUAAUAAUUAUAAUUAUAAUUAUAUUUGUGCCCCACCCAUCUGACUGGGUUGUCCCAGCCACUGUGGGUGUCUUUUUCUCAGUACAUAUUUUACCUUAGUACAGCAGUACAGGUAGAUUCAACCCAAACUCAGCCUUUAUAUGUUGCCCCCUUUUAGGGCGCAGACGUUCCUUUUAAAUUAGUUUUAUACCAGUGAAGUCAGCUGUGUGUGUUCUGUCCAAAGAGGGUCGUCUUUUCUUGGAAGCAUUUGCGGAAGGUCUCGUGAAACUAACUCCACCCUGUGGAUAGCUUUGUCACCACUUCAGAAAAUGGUGCCGUUACGGUUGCGCUUCCCUGCGGCCGACUGUCCAUGUACUUUUGAACUGGGACAAAUCGUCCUGGAAGCGGGGUGUGGGUGGGUGUUUGUGUUUGGCGGUGGACACAUAGCAACUCUGCUUUGGCAGCCGUCUGCCAGCGACAAAAUUUUGAACAAAAGGAAAGGCAGAGAUUAUUUUAAGGGACAAAUGCUGAAAAUACAGGUUGUGCUCAGACAAAAAUGGAAACGAGCACUCCGGAACAAAUGCUUUCUCUCUCCCCCACCCCACUGUCACUCCUUCUGCUAAUGCAGGACUUUAAAAGUGUUUCAAUCCUGGUUAAGUAAAUGGAACCCAUCUCUAGGUUUCAGUGCAGUGUUUUCCAUCACUUUUUUCUUUCUUUCUUUUAACGUGGAAAGCAGUUUGUGCAAAAUGACCUCGAUGCAAAAAGAGUGACAGCUCAAGAUAGAUAGAGCUCGUUUUCAAGUCUUCCGUCUCCUGUUGUCAUUCUGGGGAAAGACUGCAGUGCGUAGUUAAACUAUGGCACUCACUUCCACCGGAGGCAGCGAUGGCUUUAAAAAAAGGGAUUGGACAAAUUGGAAGAGAUGGCUCUUGAUUGCUGCUAGUCGUGAUGGCUGUGCUUCACCUUCAUCACUAGAGGCAGUAAUGCCUCCAAAUACCAGAUCAUGGAAACCACAGGAGAAGAGAGUGCUCGAUUCCUGCUUGUGGGUUUCCCAUAGGCAUCUGGUUGAAAAGGAUGCUGGACUAGAUGGACUUGAUCCAGCAGGCUCUUCUUUUAUUCUUAGCUCACUAGUAGAGCAUCUGCCUUGCACACAGAAGGUCCUGAGUUCAAUCCUGACAACUCCACGUGGGCCUGGGAGAGACCCAUUGCCACUCAUUGUAGACAGUACUGAGCUAGAUGGAUGGACCAGUGUUCUGACUCAGCUUCCCAUGUUUUACACAAAACCUUAAGAUUCAGGUAGGUAGCUGUGUUGGUCUGACAGUCGAAUAAAUUAAGAAAUUGUCCAGUAGCACCUUAGAGGUCAACUAUGUUUGUUCUGGGUAUAAGCUUUUGUGUGCAUGCACACUUCUUCAGAUACUUAUACCCAGAACAAACUUCGCUGGUCUCUGAGGUGCUACUGGACAAUUUUUUAAUUUUUUAAUUUAUUUCGACUGCGUCAGACCAACACUGCUACCUACCUGAAUCUAGAAUCACGGAAGGCACCACAUUGAGUUGCAUGAAAUGGAAGUCCAUCUGGUAUCUGAAGAAGUGUGCAUGCACACGAAAGUUUAUACCCAGAACAAACUUAGUUGGUCUCUAAGAUGCUGCUGGACAAUUUUUUAAUUUAUACAAACCUUAAGAUACAGAAUGAUCUGAAGGCACAUGAGGAUCCAGUCAGCAGUUGGACUAGGAGAACACCUGAGAAUUUUCUGUGUGCCACCUUGAGCUCAACUGAGGAAAGGCAAAAUAACUAAUGUAACAAAUGCAUCUUGUAUUAAUCAUUCCUCUCUUUGUUGGACCUUCUUGCUUCCAUGGAUAGAGCUCUCCAGUCUUAUUAGCAGGUCAUAAAAACACACUUUCUACAUCUUUUGAUGAUUAGAACAUCCUCUGACCUUUAAUGAAAUUGACACAAAUGUGAUAAUUUCAAAAUGCUGAUGGUGGUCAAUUGCACACUUCAUUUAAGUGAGAGAUCCUGGCUCUAAUCCAAACCAUACUAAGCAUUCUUGUUCAUGGUGUGAUUUUAUUUAUAUAGCCUGGACUAAUCUUGUACGUUGUUGACAUGAUCGUGCUCUCAUUUCUGGCCCCUGGAAGAAUGUAAUUUUCCAUCCUGAACAUUUUGCCCAGAUGAUUUCAUUUAAUCUUUCUGAUGAAAAAUAUAUAUUAUCUCAGUUUGGUCUAUGAACAGUUUUGCUUGAUAGGAUGAAUCUAUGCACGUAACAAAAGUGAUUGAACAGUGCUUAGAAUGAGGAUUAUUGGCAGCCAGAUGUGUAUGUGUGCAUUUCAUUUUUAAAAAAAAAAUAAUCUUUUUGGGGGGUGCAUUACAUUUUCAUUUUUGAAUAUUUCUGUUUUUAAGAGGAAGGGAGUCAUUGGAUUCCCCAUCCAUGGACAAUUCUUCCUCUCACUCACGAACAACCUCCACACAUUUGGAUUGACAGGAAUGGAAGAAAACGAUCCUAUCUGAGCUAUAUUCUUACCCUGUCAGUGAAGUUUGAUGUUUCUUUUGGCUUAUACUCAAUGGCAGUUACAUGUCUGAUCCUCCAGUUUGCAGGAAUACUAACAUUGCAUCUUGAUGUGCUAUAGAGAGUUGACAGUUUUAGGAGUUUGUAUGGAUUUCUCACUAAGAGACAACUCAUAAGUUGCAGACUUCCAAUGCAGAAAUCACUUCCAUGUUAAGAAAUACCAUGAAGUUUAGGAAAUGUGAUUAUGCAAAGGAAUGUUAUGCAUGCAGUUUUACAACAUGUAUGCACUGCAGUAAAAUAAAAUGUCUUGUAAGUAAAGAACUCUUUUGUAGUUCCUCAUAGAAAGAUCACGUGCAUCAUAUCUGUGGGGAUGUUGGGAUUAGAAACAAGCUCAUGAUUCUGGGUGGCAGAGAUUCUAUUUUUAAUUAUGGAGGAAAAGAAAGCUUGUUUGUUUGUUUUUGUAUGGGCCUCUUUAGUAAGAUUUCAUUUUGUUUUUCAGGUUUUAUGACCGACCGCAGUUAGCCUGGCCUUCACGUCCCAAGACGGAUAAAGAUCUUGCCUACUGGAGAAGAAGGGGCCAAGAUUUUAGUGUAUUGUUGGGUUAUACUGACAGAGGAGACUCUGAAAUGAAAGGCAUGGCAGUGCCCUGUGCCUUGUAUGGGCUUGAUAAGGAAAGUCAGUGGGAGGUAGGAGGUGGAAUGGAGAAUAUGAGGAGAACUGGCAUGCAGGAGACCUGGAAUGCCCCUGGGGACUACAGGUGGCAAAGUCUAAGGACAGAAGGUUGGAACCAACCAACCAACUUUGGAGGACUCAUGACAGAUGGUGACAGAGAAAGGCUGCUUCAAGAGAUGUAUUCGGUGAGAAGAGGAGGUACUGCCAUUGCCUCCCAUGCGAAGGGGAAAUCGCAAUCUUUGCCAAGAGUUCUUUCACCAGAGAGCCUGCGGUGUGUUGAAAUGCCUUCCUUGGUCAACAGCAAGCAUUCGCUCCGUGGAACUAAAGCGACAUCUUGCCCCCCAACUGGGUUCGGCUUGGAGACCUCCAAACACCCUGAGCCAGUGGCCCACUUCCAUCCCUUGCCCAAGCCUAAGUACGGCAGACCCCUGAAGCCCCCGUCAUACGAGCUGCAUCAGCAAACCAGGGGAAACCUAGAAGCCGGCUCGCUCCAGGAUGACCAGCGGAAAGAUGAAGCCAUCUCCUCUUUGACCAAAGCAAACGAUCAGAUCCAGGAUGCUUGCAGCCAAGAUGCUGGUCUGGAGCCCCCUUUGUACAUACCCCCUCCCUGUUACAAAUCUCCAGCUCAGCAAAGUAUGAGCCGGCAUUUGCCUGGUGAAGUGCCUGACUAUGAUAUGUGCUUUAGUAAUGGUAUGCAGAGUCCAGUGGAGAGAACGAGAGCCAUGCUUGGCUACCAUCCCUCUGCUAGUACCUACUGCAAAGGUGAGCAGGUUCCUCGUGACAAGAAAAGCCACCCAAGGCAUGGGGAGGGCUACCUGUCUUCCGUCCAGUACAUUCCUUUUGAUGACCCUCGAAUCCGGCAUAUUAAAGUAGCGCACCAAGACAGUCUUCAGGACGAUGAGAAAUACGCUGUGGAUACAAAUAGGACAGGCUCCCAUGCCUUCCAAGAGAGCUCUCUGGAACGAGAGUACAACAGUGCCUUUUUCGACUCGCUAAAUACUGCUGUGAAAUGUGACCAGGUCCCUGGCAGUUCUGCACACGGCAGCAAGUGGCUAGCUGAGUCCAGCGUCGAUCAAGACAGUUGUGCCUUGCCUAUCCAAAGAGACAGUUAUGACGCAGGUAAUGGCUUGGAUCACAGAUACCCAAAAGGCAGGCUGUCUGUCCAAAGCUCACAGAUGGAAACCCCCUGUGAGACCGUCACGAAAGUGAAAACGUUUGAACCUGGGACUGAGAUUCAGAGCAAGAGGAGUUCAAAGAAAAAAACCAAUGAGACAAUAUUUUGUUUGGUCUCCGUCCCAGUUAAAUCUGAACUGAACCUGCCUGAUACCGAUAGGAACAACAACUUAACCCAGGGAGCCGAGGAGAAGAAUGGGUUUGACGAUAGCGGGGGUCUGCAGGAACAAAGCCUCCUCAGUACCUCUUCCACUGACUUGGAGCUCCAAGCCCUUACAGGAAGCAUGGCCAAUAAGAAUGAGCUACAAAAACAGGAGUUGUGGUGGAGACCAGAGUUCAAACAAACGAAUGACCUCAGAUUCCUGCAGCCUGCAAAGCACAAGGAGCUCCAGUACUCUGGCUCAUGGCCAGGUGAUCAGUACAAAGACCAGCAAACGCAGACCAGCUUCACAGAAGAACCCAAAAUCUUGUGUCAUCGUCUCCAACGCUUAGAACCCAGCGGCUCAAAUACAGUGACAGCUUCGCAGUUGUCAAGAUGUGGGGCGUCCACUGCGGAAGCGGAACAUCUAUCUGUGUUACCUGCCGAUGACAGAAAAUGUAGGCAGGUUGCACUCAGUGCAAAAGCUCCAGGGUAUCUUGACAAAGCUAGCAAUAAUGUGUGUUCUCGGACUGCAGUCCUUAGCCCAAAGGCAAGCCAGAACCUGCCUUGUGCUUCAUGCACCCCUCUCCCUGGGCAGGAAAGAGAAACUAGUUGUCUCAUCAGGGAGGAAGGAGGCUCCCCUUGCAGUAGUAAGGAGCUGUUUGGGCAGUUCCUCUUGAAACCUGUUAGCCGCCGUCCUUGGGAUAUAAUAAGUGAGCUGGAAAGUUUUAACAAGGAGCUUCAAGAGCAGGAAGAGCAGGAAGAACAAAGUGAAGAUGGGGUAGAGAAUGAGAGUGUGGAGAAUGAGGACAGCCAGGUAUCAGAAAGGGAGAAAGGAGAGAGGACAGAUAGCAGUGGGACCUCUAGGAUUGAUGGGCCAACCCAGGACCAUAGACCUGGCAUACAAUCAGAAACUCUUAUAUCAGUCACUCCUAUAUUUAGACAGGAGAGGGAUAAAGCCAAACCUGAAAGUUUAAGUGCAUCUGAAAGCUCAAGUGCAAGGGUCAUAUCUUGUGCUAGGUCCCAAAGCUGCUUGCAGGCAAAAGAGGUGGGUGGUUCAGUUAAGGCCACGAAUGAAUAUGUGGUUGCAGAAUCAAGGAAUCAGGAAGCUGGGAAAAGGACAAUAAAACAGGCUGUGAGUCCACACCCAAUCAAAAAAGUUCUGCCGGGCAGCUAUGACGAUGAGGAUCACUACAAUCCAUUCAACAGCAUUACCUUCACUGAGGAAAUACAAGUUAAGAAUCACAGAGACAACAUCAACUUUGGUAGGCUGACAAAAAAUGCAGUGCCGUGGAAUAACUUGGCUUUGGACAGAGGGUCUGUAGGGCGAUUGUCUUUAACAAAUAGGAACCAAGGUCUCUCUGAGCCAGAUCUGAGAUCUGUGGGGUUUGAUGACGGUCAAAGAACUGAACUAGAUAGUUAUGGGAAACCUAUCACCAGUGAGAUCCCCCCAAAUGAAUCGCUUCAGGCAAGAGCAGCUCGGAUAUUGGGUAUAGAGGUAGCUGUGGAGUCCCUCAUUCCUGACAACAGCACUCUUCAGGGUGAACACUCUCACUCUGACAAUGUCCCCCAGAGCCUUGAAUUGCCAGAAGAAAGCGUGUCAGAGGGCAAGGUGGAAGCAAAAGUAUCUUCUUACGAAGGAAGACGAAAGUGUGGCUGGACAGAAAGCUCCCUCUUCGUUGGAGACAGAAACAUCUCAUUGGGGUCUAUUGAAGAUCAGCCUUCCGGUCAAGCAGUUUUGAUAGCUGAACAAUGUUUUGAGCACCAUGGAGGUCUUGGUAGACCCAAAGCUGACCAGACUCCCUCUCCCGAGUCUGUUGUGCUUCCAUUUGCUGAAAGAAAUAUGGUUCCACCUGGUGUGGAAAAGAGAGCUAGAUGCACUUCAAAGGUGAUUGAGACCUUGCAAGGCAAACUUGCAUCAGCCCCUAGCCGAGCUGCCAUGGACCGUUUGGUGAGGAUGAAAGAAGUUGACUCGGUCUCUCGUAUGAGACGUCUAAGCAUAAAAAAUGCAGAUUCAGUGGAGGAUGGAGAUGAGGAUAAGCAGCUAAAAGGACCAGAGGAAAGAGGAAGCGACAUUUCCUUUGGCCGCAAUGAAUUGCCCCGCAAACUGUCCCACGGGAGUUCCGUUUCCAAGCGCAUCAUCUCAUUGGCUGAAAAUGGGCUUUGGGACAACGUGAGUGAGAAGAAAACUGGAAGGGAUUUAGUUUCUUUAGGUAAGACCAAAAUUCCUCCAGGGUUUUUGUGGUCAGCACUUUUGCUGGGUGAUGAUGCCUAUACACUUCCUCUGAAGCCUCCUUGAAAAGAAAGAGCAUUUUCCUGUACCAUCUCAAAUAUAAACUUUGCAGCUGCCAUUUAAUUGCAAGCAAGUGUACAAGCAGAAAAAGCUGCCAGUGGGUUCCUAGUAAAAUCCAUGCCUGGUAUGUUGUUUGAUAUGCACUGUUGGGAAAAAUACGACACUUUUAAUGCUGCCCAAAGGGAGGGAAGUGAACUUCGAAGAUCUGCAAAAAAAUAAAAAAUAAAAGUUGUAUAUUUUAAGUGAAUGGAUAACCAGCUACGUAGGUACUGCAGAGGAAUAAUUGCAUGUGAUCUGAAAUAUGGGCUGGGUCUCCUUCCUCCCCAAGUGGUCUCCUCACUUCAGAAGACACUUAAUCAUGUUACAGCAUAACUUCUAAGGUGACUAUACAUAGCACCUAUAAUUUUUUAAAUGAAAGACUCUCUUUCCUUGGAGGUUUUUAAGCAGACAUUGGAUAGCCAUCUGUCAUGUAUGCUUUGAAAUUCCUGCAUUGCAGGGGGUUGGACUUGAUGACCCUUGGGGUCCUUUCCAACUCUACAAUUUUAUGAUUAUACGUUAUGAAAAAGCCACCAAUAUCUGUGGUCUUAAGAAUUCUCCAAAUUGUCAGAACACCCUUCCGUUCUGCCACCCUUAUCAACAGGCAAGCUGGUUUUUACCCAUUUUUCUAAGCGGCCCAAAUCUCUUGUUAUUAAUUUCAUUUCUUAUAUUUCUAGGCCGCUUUUCACUUGCAUGAGUCACAAAGUGGCUCGCAAACAAUAAAUAACAAAAACAUAAUAGACCAUCACAGUUACAACACAAAUCAUAUAAAAUAAUGCACAAAUCAUCAGUAAAACAACCACCUUCUAUAAAAACACUCUUAAGAAAACAACUUUAAAAAUAGGCUAAACAGCACAACCACAAGUAAAGUUCAUCAAAAGAAACACAAACAUAAUUUCAGAAAGCAACUGCUUUCUGAAAGCUCCAAGAGCUGGAAGGUGGGGCAAGGCAGGUGGGAAAAUCCCUUGUCUGGUCAACAGAGAGUCCCAUUCCCCUUACAGUUCUUCCUCUGGAAACAGCUCCCUUAGGAAGGCUCACAUGAAGUACAUAUUGAUUCAGCGAAACACUUUAUUCCCCCUCUUGAAUUUUAGGUAGGGUGUGCAGCUAAAAAGUUCAUGAGUCCACUCUGAGAAUAUGAUGCUACAUGGGCCUUUAGCCUGAUCCAGUAAAGUUCUUCCUAUUCUGUCCCCAGGAGAAGUCGUCCUCUUUCCUCCUCCAAAGUUCUGUAUCCUGCACCAUUACCAAUUUGUGUUGGACCAAUAACAUGGACCGGUUAUCUCAGUUUCCCUCAUUUCCCUUUUCCAUGCUUGGAAUCCUGAAGUCAACCUGGCUGUGCCAUAAGAGAGCACUCCUUUUGCAGUGGCAGGGCUCCAGUUUGGCUGGAAUGCCCUGCUACAAUCAAUCUGCAGGGCACACACAGUUGCUUUUCUGUCUGCAGUCGUACCGUGGUUUUCGAACAGCUUAGUUCUUGAACGUUUUGGCUCCUGAAUGCCGCAAACCUGGAAGUGACUGUUCUGGUUUGUGAACUAUUUUUGGAAGCCAAAAAUCCAACGGGGCAUCUGCCACUUCCAAUUGGCUGCAGGAGCUUCCUGCAGCCAAUCGGAAGCUGCGCUUUGGUUUCCAAACAUUUUGGAAGUCAAAUGGACUUCUGGAACGGAUUCCAUUCUACUUCCAAGGUACAACUGUAUUAGCUGUCUGCAUUUAUGUGACUGUUGGCAUUCUGCAUCAGUAUGUAGAAAAUGCUGAAAAUAUCAACAUCAUGGGAGGUAGGCUGUCGUCGUCGUCGUCCCCCCCCCCCCAACAUUUCUAAAACAUGAUGAAUUUGUGAAGUUCCUUUCUUUGUAGUGGUUGGAGCUGAGGACAAAAUUAUUUCAUGGUAGUGAGAAACAGAGAGAAAAUAUAUCCGAGUGGCUUAUGAAAGCUGCUGCUUGCCCUCUGUCAAAGCUCAAUAUCCAAAUAACGAGUGGAUCUGGAAAUCUUUACUUAGGUAAAUUAUUCCUUGUAAGGCUUUCUCUAUCUACAAGGAUAUGGAAGUCAUUAUCCUCCAAAACAUAAAGUAUUCUGUAUAGUCUCAUUUAUCUGUUUAUAUUUCUUGAGUUACAUUUUGAUGGCAGCUGUGUGGAUAGGGAGUAGUGAAUUCUGAUUUGAAUGAAAAAAAAUGUUAGCUUUCUGUUCAUUUUUAUUUUUUUUAAAAAAACCCAUCUCAUAGUAUUAAAAUAGGCAGGUGCAUAGAUUAAAGCCAAACUAGAAAUGGAGGAGAAGCUCAUUUCAGUUCUCAUUUUAAUACAGAAUAAACUAAUUCUCAAUCCCCCAACAAUACAUGAACCAAAACACAGUUUUCCUUUUAGAUUCACACUGCUCUGAAUUUCAUAGUUCAGUUUUUCUCCCAAGUAAUGUCUACAAAAAAUUCAUAGGGGAAAGUGUAAAUAAAAUUCAUCUUUGGUGAAGAAAAAUUGCUUGCAAAUGUGUACAUUUUUGGCAUACAACGGUAUGUAUAUCUGAUGAAUUCUCAGGGCAUUUAAAAAUAAAAAAAAUUAAACUGAAAUGAAGAAUGGGAAAAUGAGAGAUGGAGAAAACCAAAACUGACUGACUGAUUCAUCCAACCUUAAGCCAGGAUCACACAACUGACUCCCUGCUUCAUGGAGAGUUCUGUGCAACUUUGAAAGCUUCCUAUGUUUAUUAUUAUUAUUAUUAUUAUUAUUAUUAUUAUUAUUUCUGUGUUUUCCAUUUACACAUCAUUUUGCCUAUGUUAUAGCCAAUAAGUGAUAUGCUGUCAACAAAAGCUAUCUCUUGAAACAAUUUUGAAGCCUUAGGAACCACAUGGCAAACAUAUUCUGUUCUUUCACAAGACCCAGUGAACAGAGCACCACAGCCCAUAUUUAAUAAUACUGAGAGCUGAUGUGGUCCAGUGGUUGGAGUUUCAAGUCCUACUGUACCAUUUAACUUAAUGGGUAUCCCUGGACAAUAUGUGGUCUUUGCGACUUAGCCUGUAAAAUGUGAUGGCCACCAUAUGGGAUUGCUGAUAGAACAAGCAGUGUAAAAAUUGUCAGAAAGUCUAUUUUAAAAGAGGAGGAGGAGGAGCCAUUCUUCUUCUUUUUCUUCCUGGAAUCCUGUGUGUGUAACCUGUUUUGUCACCAGCUGGGAAGGAAUUAGCCUGCAGUCUCCAUCUUAGGCUCAAGCUGUAAGUGGAGCUCAUGGCUCUAACAUGCAGCCUAAUUUUCCUCCCCAUUUUUGUUUGUUGUUUCUCCUCAUCCCACCACCCCUGAACUCAGGUGCAGGGAAUCUUUAGCUCUCCAGAUGGUUCUGAAUUACAACUGUAGUCAUAGCUGGCCACGCUUGCUGGGGCUGAUGGGAGCUGCAGUUCAGCAACAUCUGGAGGACCAAAUGUUCCCCAUACCUUCCCGAACCUCUGUGACCUCUUUGCCUGCUGUAGAGUCCUGAAAACUCAAAAGCUUGCCACAUUAGGACCACCUUACCCAACUGCGGUGGGCUUUGGUGUUUUAAAUGAGUUGACCAUGCGGCAUUCCAGUUGAAGCCUGAGAGAUCUGCAUUAACGGAAAAAGUGGACUAUUAUAAUAAAUUGCUGGUAAUAAUCAUGGCUGCCUUUCCUAUUUUGCAGAUGCCUACGAUCCCACCAGAGUUGAAAGGGUGUGAUGUGGAAAAGACACGAGUCUCAGGAGAUGUCUGCCUUCCGCAAAUGUUUUGCUGGUUUCCAACACAGGGAAAUAGCUUUAAGCUUCCUACAAGCAGUGACUUCAGAGUGUACUGACAAAGCCCUCGUCUCUGCCAGUGGGGGAAAUAAGUAGUUCAUAUCCCACAGCUUUACGGAGCUUGCAUGAAAGUGAGUGAGAGAGAGAGAGAGAGUGCACAAAAACCUCUCACUUUGGAACCAUCUGUUUUUUGUAGCAUUAGGCCUUAAUGCCUCUACUUGGCAUGGGUUGGUCAUUUUUAAAACUCUGCUGAGCCCUGUUCAGGCAGGAUGGUAAACAGGAUGAAGAUGGGAGGGGUGUGAGGGGAAGCUGGCUUUUGCUCUGUGUAAAAUGUAAACAGGGGAGAUUAGCAAAAUGAUUUUUGAAAGAAUGUGAAUUUUCUGAGCUUAAACCUCCGAACCUCUGCACCCUCAGCUUUGUUUAACUUUGGUCUUCGUAAAGCAGGCAGCCAGCUGAGGGGGGUGAGUGCCGAAGGGGAUGAAGACUGAUGGACUGGCUGUGAAAUCAGCUUGGACUUCUACCAUUUGAAGGGGCUUUGCUUUUCAAUUUCCUUACCUGGCAUCUGCAACCAAACAAACACAAAAAAUGCCCCCUCCCCUCUCUCACACAAAUCUAAAACAAAACAAAGUCAAGGCAUUGUUUUACAUGUAAUUACAACCUGUGCAGCCUCUGCCCCCAAUUUACUGUUUCAAACCACCCUGGCUACUGUUUUGCACUCACUAUUAUGAAGUUUGUUCUAUUUUUUCCCCCUCCCGUGGUUAUGUUUUUGUAGAUUGAACUAGAAACUCUUCGUAUGACCCAAUUGCUGGUUUGAUAGAGCAGAUCCUUGUAACAAGGCAACUUUUUAACAGAAUGUGAUCUCUAUUUUUCUACAGUAUUAAGCAAUUUGUUAACCGUUGGUGAGCAAGUUAAGAUAUGGGGUGUCCGCCCCCCCUUAAGCUGACAGGCUGUUCAGAGGAGCUAGCAAAGAAGCGUUUACUUUUUAUAUCUAGUGCACAUUCCACACCAUCCUGUUCACAGCUGCAACUCUCUCUGUUGUAAAAAAAAGAGGUAUGUGCAUAUGUGUAUAUAUAUCUCCUAUAAAGCAAAUAUGUAUGUUUUUAGAAAGGCCAAAGUUUUUAUUUUCUUAUUGGUUAGAUCACUGCUUCUAAGGACCCAACAGGGGCACCAAUAUUGCAGACUUGAAGAAUUGCACAUUUAUGAACGGAGUGAGUCAGAGUCUGUUGUGUCUUCCUUAGUUCUUGGGGAGGGGGUCCUGUCUCAUCCUUUAACUUCAGGAUAUCGAGGGUGCUGCUUCACACCUGUCUUCAAGUUGCCCGUGGCACAUAGGAAGUCACACAAGAAGAUGCAACUUUACCCAUUUGGUCUUUGGCUGGUACUGAUGUGCUGCAAAGGGGUUAAGGGAGCACCAGCCCGUGUGUCCAGGGUCAAGUCCAUGCUGGGGCUCUUAGACCAGAUCUUAUAAGCAACUCAUAGCACUGGGCUGUCACACUCUAUGCAUCUGGAUUUUUAUAUUUCCCACUCAUUUUGUUUUUUUAAAUGAUAGUUCUUGUGGCCACACAUAGACCUACUGUUGCCAAUCUUUGAAAACAUUCCCUUCUCAAAAUAUUCCAAGUGUAUUUUAAGAGAACCUUGUACAUUCCCCUGGGAUUACAGCUGAUUUAACCUGUACAACAUGUAUUUAUAUAUAGAUAUACUUUUAAAUAUCUGUUUUUGUUUGCUAACACACUUCUCAGUCCCCCCCCCUUUCUGUUUGUAUUGGGCGUUUUAUAUGCUUUUGCCCCUCCCCACCUCUUAAAGCCAUGUUAUCUGUUAAGCAUAUCAAAUUCCUAGUAUCUUAUUUUUGGGAGAACGGUCCUAUUUGACCAAAUAUACAAAUAACCCACCUCUUGUGCUUUGGCAAUCACAAUUGCUUAUCUGUAAUGCCUGAUUCUAUUACAUAGAAUCUUUAUUAAAUAUUUAAAGUUUCUUAUACAUCUAAACAA